AUGGUCCGCAACGGCGCUUGGAGAAGAAGCUUGCUGUGCGUCCUGGCGCUCAGUCUCGGCUUUGCCUCCCCGCCGUGCAAAGCUCGGAUUUACACCAACCACUGGGCAGUCAGGAUAGCCGGUGGAACGGAGGUAGCCGAUCGGAUAGCGGACAAAUAUGGCUAUAGGAACAUGGGGCAGGUAGGUCGUCUUUUACUUCAUCCAAACUUUGUUCUUUUUGUGCAUGUCUUUAAUCUUUGGACUUGUUUUUGCCAACUCUUUGAAAAAGAAGCGUCUUAGUGUUGACCAGACCUGAUACAGACAAGCGAGAGAGGUCUCAAGUCUCAACCAGAGACAUGAACUUUGACUCUCCAACUCCACACUCCUCACGAGUGGACAGGAGCUGCAGGUAACAAACGUAGAUGAGGACUUGGAGCAGGAUGGUACAACAGGUGCCUCCUCUCUCUGUGUGUGUUUCCUGCAGUUCAUGUUAAGGUUGCAGGCUGAAGGGAGCUCACUAUCAGCCUCAGCAGUCUCAUGUGCGUGCUCCUUCUGACACUCAAGUGAGACAACUACUGCUGUUUGGUUUAUGGUGUUGGCAUCAAAAGACCCACGACUGAGCAGGUUCUCGAGUUGUUCCUUCAGUAAACCUGCGUUUUAAGUCUCCAUGGGACAAACUAAACCUGAAGUCUACCAUGACUGGUCCAUCUGAAACUGUAAACUUUAAAAAUUUGACUGAUAAGCUUGAAAUAUUGUCUUAUUUUACAACACAGAGAAAGAAAUUGAGCACUUUAGAUAAAACACCAUCAUACUUUUUGAGAGUAUCAACAAACUGAUCGAAAAUUUCACAUUUCAUCAAACAAACUUGUUUUGUUUGUUAAUCCUCAAACAAAUAAAUGCCUCUACAUGACCCCACAGUUUUUUUCUUAGCUUAUAAAAUAUAGAGCCCAACACUGAGCAAAGUCCAAAGAAAAAAACAACAACUCAGCUACAGCUUGUACAGGAAUUCAUCAUCCAGAGGGAUAUAUGUUUGUUCGCACUGUCGUUUUAUCAAUCAACGGAGGUCUGCGGGGGCUUUAACUGGCCACUUGAAAAAACGUGUUUUGAAAAGUUUAAAGAGAAAUCCUGUGUCCUCUGUGGAGACAAAAGAAAUGCGCCACACAAACAUGGACCCCACACGUACUCCAGGGUAUCGUGACCAAAAUACGUGGGCAGUUCAAGCCUGCACUUGCCAGCCCUCGACGUGAAGACGGCGUGGAACAGAGGGGGGCAUUCUGACAGGUUGUUGUGGGGUAGCCUAGUCAACAGCUAUUGAACCCCCCUCUCCCCUCCUCGCCUUAUCCAGCCCGCCCACCCACUAUACUCCCCAGAGAGCAGGCCUUAAUGGCCUCGUUUAUCCCCUCUCUUUGACAGGAACUAAUGUGUAGAGUCCCCCCCCCUCCCUUUCCAUACCAGCCCCCAAUAGGAAUUCCCCUGUGGAGUGCAGAGUCCCCCCCAACCCCCACUAUUCGCCCUAAUUUCCAUCUCAAUAUGUAGCGCUCAUUGGACUUUGACACCUCAUAGACAAGAGUUUUACUUCACUUCCUGGUUUUGGGGUCAUCGAAAAGCCGCUCCCAUGGGAGUGAUAACAGCACACUGGUUUCCUAAUGUGAACUUUGACAUCCCCAUCAUCAUCACCUCCCACCACCCCCCCUAUACACACACACACAAAUGCACACAAAGUAUAUUGAGACACAAUUGAAUGUCUCAAGUGAUGCAAUUAAAUACACAUCUUUGCAAUAUCAAGGCUCAAUAAGUGAUUGAAACUCAUGUAACCUCUAAUUUUCCACUUUCUUGCACCACUUCUGGGGAUAACUCAAGGAGGAAACUGCUCAACAAGAAACGCUUUAGGUCAUUCAGACGAUGGGUUUAGAAAAUGUGAUAGAAAGACUGUCGUCUUCUGAACAGUGGACAUGAGAGGAGGACGAGCUGAUUUAACCGAGAGCGAAAUGAUGGAUAAAUUGGUUUUAAAGGGUCGGCGCUGAGUGGGAUAGCCGUUUUAUGUGGAAAUAAAGACCCCCUUUGUGGUCUUCAGCGCAAUUUGAUUGAGUCAAAGUCAGGUGACAAGGCGUAGACAGGUUUCUGUGUGAGUUUUCCAGAGCUCAGGAAGGAUGAUCUUUGUAGAGACAUGGACUGGAAGCUGUUUUUUUAAUAAUGAGAUACAAGAAUAAGGAAGCAGGUUGCACUUAUAUCAGUGCUCUAAGUCAUCAGGUCAUGCGGGUGUCAUUGGAAAGAUGACUUCCCUCUAGUGUUGUUUCACUCGUGAAAGAUUCGUUCAAAAGGACUGAAUCUUUUAAGUGAACGUACUGAACCGAAUCACUUCCUCGAGUGAUUCGUUCGUUUCUCACUUAAGUUGCGCUGAAGUGAGAAACAGCAUUGCCACUCGUGCAGCCUGCGAACGAGGGACCACAUGCACCGACAUCUGAAUCACACUCUCUGGAAUCAUUUUUGUCGGACAAAACUACAUUUGUUUUAAUCACUGCCACCACAACAUCUUGCAUAUAAUAGGACACAGCAUGUAACAAGUAUCGCAUUAAACCCGCAGCAUCCUGUCAUCGCAGCGGUUGCGAGGGACUGGUGUAUGUUCAGUGUGAAUUCUUCUAAACGUUCAGUGAAGGAAUCACUCACUGAGCCCAAUUUACUGAGCAGACCUGGUAAAUAGCAUACCAUAGGACAGUACACUUAAAACAUCAUGACUUACUAGUUAAUUUUUACAAACCUGUUUGCCAAAGCAACACAGCCAAACACUCGUGUCUCCCAGUCCCAGAAGCCGUGAACUGAACUGAAAACAUCUAAAAGAACUGCCGUGCCCAUCACCACUUCGCUCACUCUCUUCUUUUCAAGCAGCUGAGAUUAUCAGUGACAAAAACAAACAUUUAUUUGUUUUUUGAAUUAAUUUAACUCCUUUUCUCACACAGUCAGGAUCAGGGUUACAGGAUGAGGUUGUAUAAUUUUUUAAUUAUUUAGCAUGGAAUCUCAGCUGCUCCAUAUCUUCCCACAUUUGUCCGCACAUACAAGUAAACAAAUGAAAAUUAGCUCGAGCCCUGAAGUCUUUUUUAACUGCAUGGCUCUAGCUUGACUGCAGCAUUUGCACAAUGUAGCAAGAAGUCAGGAAACAUGUGUUUUGUGAUUUAGUUCACUUUUCCGUAGACAGGAUCCUGCAGAGUGUGUGUGUGUGUGUGUGUGUGUGUGUGUGUGUGUGUGUGUGUGUGUGUGUGUGUGUGUGUGUGUGUGUGUGUGUGUGUGUGUGAGCUGUCAUAUUCAUGUGUCAGGCACAUUUUGUCCUGUUGUUUAACACUGACAGUGGCUUGCGUAAGUUUUCACAUCUUUAAACUUUUCCCCCAAGUUUUCAUGUUACAGCUGAAUAAUGAAACGGACCAAAUUUGGGGUUUUAUGUAAAGAAAUAACUCAAAACUUCAAAGUUUGGUGAAAAUGUUAGAUAGUGGUCAAAAUAAUGUAAAAAAUAAAAUCUAAAAAAUCUGUUAAAGUGUCAUCUACUUUGAGGGCUGCUCAGGUUUAUCGAUCAAACUCCAAAAAGCCAAAAUAAGAGCGCUGAUAUUCCAAGUUUUAACACUAAAUGUGAAGAAAAAAGGUUAUUUUUCAUACCGACAUCAUUUCAGAACAAGACUCCGAGCACGCUCAGCAGUUUGGUGGUCUCAUCUGACUCUGACACCCUCCAAAUGGUUUUCGGGGAAAUGUCUGAUCACCUUAAGCAGGUUCUGUUAGAUUCUGCACAGAGGAAUAGGGAGGCUGGAUGAAUCCUGUGAAAAGUCAGUGAUGCCAGGCAUCAUUAAUCACUUGAGUGAGUGGUUUCACUUCCCGAAUUUGUUUCAACAUAAUCCCCAGUUAGAAAGUGUUAUGCUGAAGUUUUUAUGAUUCACCAUGCAGGUUUUUCUUGAAGUUCAGUUGACUAUGUAACCCUUUCAUUUCGCUCUGAUGGCGUCAUCAAAGCUAUCGCAGUUACAGCUGGAGCCAAACUUCCACGGCAGAGCUCAGGAAAAAAAAUAAGUCAAGACGCAUUUCAAACAUGAGAUUCUGUUCAACUUAAAGAGAUGUUGAAGUUUUGAUAGGGACUGGGGGGGAUAGAAAUCCCACGCUGUAGCUGGAAUAAGAGUGGGAUUUUAUUUUGAAAGGAGAGCGUAAAGGGAGCAGGAGUUUCGACCUGGGCUUAAGGGGUUUUUAUUUAAUUCUGUGUGUAGAGCUUUUCCAGCAGCUCCUCAUUGGCAGACACUCCUAGAGGGAAGGGUGGCCUGCUAAUGGCAGUGCAGAUGUCGGGUAGAUUAAAUAGGCAGUGGAAGCACGAUAUGUUGAGACCUGUUUACACUAUGAGAAGCAUCCAAAGUGGUAGCCGCCUAUAAUGGACGCACAUUUUGUUAGCAUGUGGAACGCUCUUUAAUCAGAUUACUUGAUGUGUGCUGUGUGUCUGGAUAAUAUUUGGUGGCACUUUGUUGUUUCUCAUUCUGCUUGUGUUGAGGUAUGGGAGUUUGUGUGUGUGUGUGUGUGAGAGAGAGAGCAUUGAGCUGAAAGCUGAUCUAAUGGGCUCUGUGGUGGAGGUGGUGCUCAGCCAUGGAUCAGUGACACACCACAGGAGCCUUGGCAGCCAUGACAGUUUGAUCAUCUAAAGAGAUUGUGUGGUCUUUAUCAAUUAUUAAAACUAAUCACCAUCCUGCAGCAGCUUGCCGUCUGUCUGUCACUGUCUGUCAGACUGCUGGUCCUCUGGCCUCCACAGCUCUGUCACUUUAAGUCUGUGUACGCUCUGACAUUCAGCUUCUCCCUUCAGCUUACUCUCUGCCUCAUAAUUUAUCUUGUCUCAAGGAAACUACUUCAAAAACAGCAAAAAAAGUGCAAAAACGAUCCUUUAGAAGUACUUUUCAGAGCCUUUCAGAGCUUUUCAAGCACCUGAAUGUCAUUUGUGUGUAUGAUGUGUCUACAUUUAAGGUUUUUGCUAUCUGUAGUCAAACUCUUAAAAAGUUUAAGGACAUCAAUGCAGAGCAAAAACAUCUCAUCUUCACAGCUGCACUCAUGAGAUGUGAAGAAAUACAAGGUCUGUUAAAUGUUGAAACUCUUUUUUCGUUUCUAAGUCUGUGGUUUUUGUUUUGCAGAUUGGGGAUCUCAAAGACCACUAUCACUUCUUCCAUAGUCGGACCAUUAAGAGGUCGACUUUGUCCAGCCGUGGUCGCCAUAGUUUCAUCUCCAUGGAGCCCAAGGUGAGCUUGUUGUACUGUUUAAUGAAUGGCAGCUUUAGAAUCUAUAAAAGCUCGCAUAGUAUGUGUUUGAAUAAGAGUGGAAAUACUUUGACUAACUCAUGCAGAACUUUAUCAUCUGUUUGUGUCGUAUUUGAAAGCAAUGGUGAAAAAGUAAGUAUUACUGGAAGCAUUUGCCAGAGAUGAAAUGAUGUGGUAUGAAUUCAAAUAGUACAAUCAGAAGUCAAAUAUGUCCUUUUUAGAUUCCAGCGUUUCAUUCCUUUUAUCAUUCAGAUUAACAUUUUCUCAGGAAUGUUUUUUUCUGUGCUACCUAAAUACUCCAUUGUGAACAAAACUCUUCACUUCCACAAUAAAGUAAUCUGUUUAAAUGGUUGUAUUUGUCCGAGCCCUGCUGUAUUUGGUGCUUGAGAGAGAUGCUCAAAGGAUGUAGGCUCUCCUGUCCUUGUUGCAGACAAGACCUGAACACAAAUGAGUUGCAGCGACUCAGACUUUAUGAGGACAAUGACGAAAACCUUGCAGCACAAAUCCUGUACUUCUUACAUUUCAUACUGCAGAUAUCUCAGUCCUGACAAUGAGGAUUCGUGUCACAUCAGAUCUAUUUAAACAUUUUUAAAAUUCCCCCUGAGAUAAUGAAAGUAUUCUGUUUCUAAUGCACUUUGAACUGAAGUUGAUGGAUAUGUUUAAAGUAUGAAAUUAGGUUUAAUAAGUCUGAAUUGAAAAAUUGAAAAGGCGUUGCUUCUUUACACACUUUGAUGUGAAAGAGUUGCACAAAAAGUACAACUAUUUUGUCACCAUUUUGUCCCUUAUUCGAGCAAUUAGGAGGAAAAAAAAGGUUACAAAAAAAAAACAAGCUCUUCAAGAGUUAUGUCUUGAAAAGACGGACUUCAGUGUUUUCAAUCAGUGUCAGUGACGACCUUCAUGCUUCAUAUCCAACACCAAACUUGCAGAAAACAUCUAAUGCCAUUGAUAUCCUGACAUCAUCGGCUUUGACGCUGGUUAUCUUGACUAGACUGGAGUCACAAGGAUGAGUUUUGAUUUUAACUUUCGUCAUGACCUUCCAGCCUGAGUGAAAAGAGCGUUGAAAUUACCCUUUUCAUAUAAAAUACAGACAUGGACAGAGUCAGUCAUCUUGGUCACAUGUCUUUUAUAUAUUAAUUUGAUUGAACUAGACCAUCCAGUAUUAGUUGGACUCAAGGAAAACCUUUUACUCUUUACGUCUCUUCAUUGAUGGCUGCUUAAGGUCAUCAAACUGCAGCCUUAAUCUCACACCAAUCCAUCCCAAUUCACCAGGGGAAUAUUCACUUCGAGUAAAUGGAACAUGUUUAGAUUCUUGGCAUGUGGAGAGCUACAGCUGAGCUCUAGAAAUAAUGCUGCAUUCGAGUUACCUCAGAAGUCAGAAUGUUAUUUUAAAAUAACUUUCGCCAUCUUGUUUCUGCUGCCAAUUUUUUUUUCCGACUUGGUAACUAAAAUGCUAGUAACUUGGAUGUGACGUCAUUAACUUGAACGCAGCAUAAGUUUCCAUUAAAGUAAAUUGUUGGGAAAUAUCUCAGUCUUGACAUGUUAAAGCUGUGCUGUCAUGGAGAACUUUUCGUCAUAUCUGCUGCAGAUAUAUACUUCUAAAGUUGAUGUCUAGUUGAUUAAAUUGUUGUUUCUUUUAACAGUAUCUCAAAUUAAACGACAUUGAAGAUAGUGCCUAUCAAAGUCUUUCUGUCCUUUUCCAUUUUCCUUCCUCAUGAUGCUCCUUGAGUCAUUCAGCUUUUUCUCUACCCACCUUACCUGCUAUCUCCUUUUCCCUUUCCUCCAGCUCCUUCCUUUUUCUCACUGUUGCUUUCAGCGCACUCAUCUCCCUCCCCUAGUCUUUGGUUCCCUUGCUCUCUUGGGCCUGACACUGUGCCAUGGUGGAAGAAGGUUUGUGUCCUGAUGCCAGCUGGCUGAGAGGCUGAGAUUUCAGAUCAGAGAGGAGAGGUUAAGGACAGAAAAAAAUGGGACAAGGAGCUGCUACAGCAGAGAGCAGGAGGGAGAGAAGAGAAGAGGGCAAAGAUGGGUUAUAGAUGGAAAAAGUGAGGUGCAGAGUAAUGGAGCUGUCAGUGCUCACCCUUGUCUAGCUCCGCUUUAGCACAAUCUGCCGACCUGUCUGUGGGAUCCACAUGAUGUCUCGUUUGGCACCGGCGCAGUUUGGCACACUACUAAUGAUGUUUUGCAAUCAGGUUUUGUAAUAAUGACAGCCGUGUGUGUUUGUGUGUGAGUGAGUGAGUGAGUGAGUCAGAUGGGUGUAGCGGUGCCAUGAAAGGCGCACCCUGCCAUCCACAGUGCUCACUGGCAGGCAGGUUACCAUGGUGAUGCAGCACAGCACAGAUUACUGUUUUAUGGCAGUGGCCAAACUGCAGUUUCACAUGUCUGUCGGGUCAAAGAACAAUUACUGUGAAUGAAACUGCCGAGGCCUUUGACCUGAAGAAAGUGUGUCACCAUAAUAACGGCUGCACACACUUUAUCAUUACGCUUCUAAAAAUAGUAUUAAAUAAAUCCGUUUUUUAUUGCCACUUGAUCUUAGAUUUCAUAUAAAAAUGGACAGCAGACACUUCCCGAAAGUGAAGCCAAAAUAAGCAAAGCACCUCUACUAUUCAAAGCACCAGGGUGCGAUUAUGAGGCAAAGAUGCUCUGUCUUUGAUUCUUUCUUGGAUGCAGCAUCAGAGGCCCAAGUAUGCGAUUUGUAGGGUCAGAGACGCGGUAUAACCAGGUAUGACCCAUCCGUUUCUGAAGCAGAUCGGUGGCGGUUGCUGUAAUGCAAAGGCUAUUUGGAGCGUGGCAGCAGCAUCGCGUAUCAAGCAGCAAAUAGGUUGACAUUCUAAUUAUUGCAGCAAAGCAUACAGGAUGCGUAUCAGCUCCAUCGCAGCAUCGUAUAGAGAGCAGCGCUACUAAAGAUACGUGGCGAGGCUAUUUUUACUGCUCUUCACUUCCAAUGCGUGUGAAUCCACACAGAAAGGAUUGUUACAGACAGGAAGUCAAGCAUGAAAACCGCGCAUGUCAUCCAGUAUUUCAAAAUAAAACACCAUAUCAAAAUAAAACACCAUAUGCGAACUCAUACACAUCCUGUUUGCGUUACCAAAUGCUGCUCUACGGAACAAAGACAGAACGCCCUCAAUACGGAUCCUGUAUGGUUUUGGCUUAACAUUCAGCCAACCCGGAGGCGACCCUUUGGCCUAUUUGAAAAUGUCUACAGUGUGCCCACCUGUCAGUCAAGUCAGUAGUGUCUCUGAUAUGCCAACCUUGAUACCUAUCCUUGAUGUGUUAAAAAAUAAAUUUUCCGUACCAUGUGUGACAUGAAAGCCCUUUGCUAGUCGGACCAAAGCCGUUUUUUGAACCAGGCUGUAAACAGUCUUUUUUUCUGUACGUCAGCGAGUGUAUGUAUAUUUGGGGUGUAUGUGUUUUUAAGCCUUGUGCUUCAAAGUGCCGGAAAUUUAAAUCCAUCUUCUCCGUGUUCACAGAUGGAUCAAAGUUAAAAUAAAAAAACACACAUCAAGUAAAAAUGUCCCAAGCCAGAUUGGUUGAUGACUGCACCAUUCUUGGUAAUCUUUGUUAUUAUGUUGGUUAGGUAAGUGUGUUUUGAACUUCAAUAUCUAGGCUUCCCUAGAAAAUUCCUGUUGCGUGGACUGCUCGGAAAACAUCACCAGUGCAUGACGUCACCGUCUCUCAUGAGGUUAUUUUGGCUUCUCUUGUGUACAGUGUGAGUAGAUGGAGAAAGCGCAUACUCCUAAUUCUGCGACUUAUGAUUUGUAAUCUCACUUUCUCAGAAAUGAUCACGUGGUGACUCACACACAGACCUGCAAACGAGGAGAACCUUGUCUGUGUCUGUAGCUGCACUAAUCUUGCACCUUGCCCAGCUUUACUGACUUACAGACAUGACUCAUUCAUACUGUGAGUUCCAAGAGAAAUUGGCCAGCCGCAGACCUUUCUGAUGCAGCUUUUGCAUCGUUUUAGGUUGUUGGUGUGUAUUCUGAGUCAAAGAAUACCCUGUAUGCUUUGUCUUCAUCUAUUUCAAGUUAAAAUCCUUUUCCAGCAAUUUGGAGUUUACUGUAAACAACAAUUAGAGAACUGAAGUGGUUAUUUCUCCUGCUUUAACUGUCUUUUUUGAAGUCUGUGCAGAGAUUAGUAGAGGAAAAACAACUGCUGAACGCCUCCGCUGCUGUCUGAUGCAGGAGCAUGGUGUUUCCAGCCGGUUUCACUUAGCGAGAUGGUUGUUUACUCAAAGUCAUUUAUCCAGACAUGUGCAGGGAAACUGAGAGCCAGGUGUGGUCCGCAGCUGAAUCCACCCUGGGACACUCUGAAAUGCAAAAUGUCUGUUAGGCCGAAAUUAAAUUUCACCGUUUUGUGAUGUUUAUGAGUUUUGCGUCAUCCCACAUAAGGAAGCUAUUUUAGUACUCAGUAAAACUACUCGCAAGAGCUUAAAUCUAACUUUGAGCUCUUAGAACAAUUAAAUGUUUUAUGGAGUCCUUCUCAGAGGGGCUUGUAGUCCUCUGAUUUGAUUUACACCGCUCUCCAGAUAAACCCAUUCACACACAUUCACAGAAGGGUUUAUUUUGCACACAAUCGCUCAAGUUUUAUUGAUAUAUAUAUUUGGGGUGGGAGAAGAAAUCGAUACAGCAUAGUGUUACGAUAUUUUGUCUGGUGAUGUAUCAUAUCGUCUCAUUUACCAGAUAUCGAUUUUUUUCAAAUUAAUUGUUAAUAUGAAGUCAAAUCUUUGAUAAUGGAAAAAUAAAAUCAACUGUUUGUCCACUGAGGUUGGCAGAGGAGACAUCAUAGAGCAGGAAAAAGUUUGUAAAACAACCCUGGGAAAGACAUUAGGAAUGCAAGCAGGGCAUAAGGUUUGCAAGAUGUGCUACAUGAAAAUAAAAUACUGUGUAAAUAAGACAAACAUAAAGGAAAGCCAAAUUCCAAAUCAGCUAAACAGUUAAAAAAAUGUAUUAAUCACAAUAUAUUGUAUCGCAAUACUCACUGUGUUACAAAAUUUUAAAAAUCGCAGUAAUAUCCUAUCAUGGCCCAAGUAUCGUGAUAAUAUCAUAUCAUGGGGCCACUGGUGAUUCCCACCCCUAAUAUUUAUUGAUUUAAUCUCAUACUUUUUACUUUAUCCAAGCGUCCUUGGUGCUCAUUGUGUUUAUGAACACGUGUGGAAAAUAAGGACAGGUGCAGCAUCAUGGAGACAUCACUGAUGCAGCUUGUGUACCUGUCAGAGUCUGAGGAGUAAUUUAGAAAAACCCCACACAGAUCCAGGUACAGGUGUCGAAAAAGGCUCCUGUGAAAUUCUGGUGUUUGAAUUCGUUUAACAGAUGAACUAGGGCUGGGCAAUGAAACGAAAAUUUACCGAUACCAAAAUUUAUGACAAUAACCCAUAUCAUUUCGCCCCUAUUGGUAUCUUCAGUGUCAAAAAACAAAUAGAUAAAAGUUGGUUUUGGAUGUGUGUAGGUAGGCUAUCGUCUCACGUCCCUUUAAGACGCUGUCGUACGUUGGAGAGGGAAAGACAGGUGAGGAGAUGGAGGAUGGUCCAAAUGUUGUAGCGGCUGAAGUAGACGAAGUUAAUGUGGGAGGGGUUGAACAGCUUGUGGAGUAGUUAUCGUCCAUUUAUUGUUAUUGAGGCGGACUGCUUAAUAUAUCGUGAUGUUGAGGCCAGCCCUAAGAUGAACUGUUUGUUGAUGCCCCAAGAUGAACACCUGGCCAGCCCAGUUUCACGAGGCUCAAACUGUCUGGUGAAGCUGUAUCUCAGUAAGGACGUCAGAGGAAUGUCUGUCUCCUGUUUGUCCUGAGGUUUUUGUGGGUGUUCUGCUAUACUAGCCUUUGACCCUCCUGCUUUCAGUCCUUUUUACCCCAAACUCUCAUCGGUGUCUCAGAAAACAGCAGCAAGAGUGGAUCAAUUUGUUCCCAUUUGUUCUAUUGAAAUGAACUCUUCCCCAGUUUCCCCUGGUUACUGACCCAGCCAGCGAAAGCCACCUGCAAACCCUUACACAGAGAGCAAGCGACAGAGAGAGAGAGAGAGAGGGAGGAGGGAGGAAAAGGGGGUUGGAGUGGAAACCAGAGAGAAAGCCAGGCGAUCACAGAGAAAAAUGGGCAUCUGCAAAGAAGAUGACCUGAAAUGAAACCAGGGAGAGCAAGUAAGAAAGAAGCACAUGGAGAGAGUUAAAAAAGAGCGAAAGAGUGUGACAGCAGAAGGGGAGAAAAAAAAGAGAAAGAGGGUGAUGGAGGUACAGGUGCUAGCAGAUCAUUCCUUUGCUCCACCAGGCUGGAGUUAAAAGAAUGGAGCAGAUCCAAUUGUCAUGCCUCAGAGCCUGCCGGCAAAUUGGCACUGAAACAAAGACAGUAUUACAUGGGCAAGUUUUAUAAGCAAUAACAGAGGGCAAUAUCUCCUUUGUUUGGAGAGGGAUUGGCAAACGUGACACUUCUGAUGUGGUUAACUGAGGGCUGUUUUCACUGAGUGUUUUGAACAGUGAUAGUAAAGGAUAUUAUUACCUCUGAUAACUUUGGAAAAAACAGCUGAAUCCCGAUGAUCUGCCUCGGGUCAUCCUGCAAACAACAGAGAAUUUGUUUUCUAAUAAACCCAAUAAAAGAUUGGUAAUGCUCUUUAUUUAACAAUUCAAAAACAAAAAGGAGUAAAGCGUUCACAAAUGCAAGAUGACGCGACAAGUUAAGAUCCAACCCUUGACUGAGAUUUCUCCUACAGUGAUUCAUAUAUUAGUUUGUGAAGCAACUGCCCUUUAGAAAGAGGAUCUUUGUUGACAGAAAAAUCAAUCAAAGUAAAUUAUUAGUUUUCACACCAGCAAAUAGUUAAGGCAUCAUUACAUCAACGUCAGCUUCACUCACAUUUAUACUGAAACUCCUGGACUUGCUUUUUAGCCUUCCUCCUUCAGAUCUGAUCAUAUUGGUCGCAGUUUACUCGAAUAAUAAAAUAAAAAUGAUUAUUGAUUAUCUGAUGCCUCUAAAGCUGAGGAGGGGUGAUUUUAAAGGCAUACUUUUUAAGUGGGGAUGUGUGAGGUGCUUGUCAAUAAUGAGUGUGGUACUCACAGGGGAUGCUGGUCAGCUAAGGCAAGGUGACAACGACACUAUAAUGUUGUUUAGUGUACAGUGUAUUUGAACAUUUUCAGUGUGUCAUUUGCAUCAGAAAGCCUUUGUUUUUGCACCUUUCUCUGAUGUGAACCCAUACGUUAUCAUCUGUCUGUGAUGUAUUGAAUCAAAAGAACUUUGGCCCGGUACACAGAUUUUUUGUGAUCUGAAAUAUUUGCAUCUCAGUUUGACAUGUGAGCUACAGAUACUUUACGUUACCCUGCGAUUACAGAGUUUGUUAAUACAUUUCAGUUUUUCCUUCAGCAACUAACAAUGCGUUUUGAUGAGGUAUGGUACUUUAGAUUUGUAUGAUUAUGUUUUGAUGUAGGGCUGGGCGAUAAACUGAAAAUUUACAAUAGCAAAAUUUACGAUAAUAGCCGACGUCAUUUGGCCCAUAUCGGUAUAUUUGGUGUCAAAAAAACGAAUAAAUGAAAGUUGGUUUUGGAUGUGUGUAGGUAGGCUAUGGUCUCAUGUCCCUUUAAGACGCUGUCCUACAUCAGAGACGUGACUCCACCCCAUCCAGUUCGUAACAAAGAGAGAAAGACAGGUGAGGAGAGGACGGUGGCUGAAGUAGACAAAGUUAAUGUGGGAGGGGGUGAGCUGCCUGUGGAGUAGUUAUCAUCCGUUUAUCGUUAUCGAGGUGAACUGCUCAAUAUAUUGUGAUAUUGAUUUGAGGCCAUAUCACCCAGCCCUAGUAGGAGUGAUGCAGGCUGCAGACGAAUGUGAGCCACUGCUUUUUUUCUGAUUCUCAAGGAUCUAGAGCCACCGAUGUCGUACUAAGUCGUACUCAUGACAUCGGUAACUCUGUUAGUUUCUGGCUAUGGAUUGAAAGAAUACAGCACCAAUAAAGAAAAAAAAGAAAAACCUCUGUGUUCUUCUCAGGAUGGAGGAUUCUUGCCAAUUUGCUGAUUUACGAAACUUUAUGUUCGCGUCUGCUUCCUUUGUUCAUUAGAAAACUCAAACCGAGCAUGCUGAAACCCUUUAAAUUUUGGAGUUGUGUCAGAAACUUUGGAGGUGAACAACACGCUAAUUGGGAUCCAACCUCCAGAAAUAAAAAAAAAAAAACAUUUCUCUUUCAUCUGUGAAGGCUUUGCACCUUUGGUCCAGCUGUGUAAGAAAUAAUGGCAGAGAAAGUGAGCUGGAGGUGAAAUGAGAGGCAGUGAUGCAUUCAUGGUCCACUUAAAAAUACAAAGUUACAAACUUGAGUUACACCGCUGAACAAAGAUUGGAGUUGAUGCUGGUUUGGUGCAGACAAACAGGCACAGUUCCUUGUGAUAGUUUUGUUUUGACUCUGUUACACGUGUUUGGUUUGUACAGAAGCUGAGUGGAGACCUAAACAGACGGAGGAACACCAGGCUUAAACGAAAUGUCUUGGUUUGCCCUUCCUGCUUUCCUCAUAUCUUGCAGCUCUGUGCUCUUGACUUAAAAAUUACGUCACCCUCUGAUUUUAUUCCUCCCUCUAUUUCAUAAUCUAUAAAGAGCCACAUACUUGAGUUAUUAAAUCAAUAUUACGUAUAAAAUCAAUCUCCCUCUCCUCACUUGGUGUCUUUGGGUCUCACGUACAAUUUGUUUUCCCUCCCCUUCAAGCUCGGUCUCUCUCUUUAUCGACUCUCCGGGGACUUGUUCUCUUCAGCUCUUUAUCACCUCUCCUCUUCUCGUCUUAUCUUGUCUCGUUGCCUCCCUCUCCAACUCUCCAGAGAGCCCUGGCAGAUUGUUUCAGUGCAUGAGACCAGAUAAUCACUCUGCACUCAUUUUGUCAGCUUUUCUCUCUCUCCCUCUCUUUUCUCCCUCGCCUGCUGGAGCUGUAUUGAUGCGGGGGAAAUGCUCGGUCUUUUUGCAGUCGGACAUUGUUCACUAAGACUGCAGGCCUCUGGAUCUGGUAAACUGAGCGACGAAACUUAAACGCUUUUCAGAGUGGAAAUUAUUUUAUUGAUUUGGUAUCAUGAAAUGAGUUUCUUUGUUGACUGAGUGACUAGCUGAAUCUGUGAAUCUCUUUGGAAGUACUGUAUGAAUAAGAAGCAGAUUAAACAAUAUUUAAUCUGUUAGCGAAGUCAUUAAUGAGGACUGCGACUUUGCUGUUACAGAGUCAUGUUUAUGUGCAGCCUUGAGUUGGACAGAUCCAUGAAUCAUUUAUGAAAGAUUAUUUACAUCCUAGGAUGCUCUCCUUCAGCUUCAAAGGUCCCCUCAUGUGUACCGUGCCAGUUUUGCGCUGGCUCAAAUUGAAGAUUUUGUGUUGUCAUCAUUAUUGGCACAUGCAAACUUCUCUUGGAGGAUUUUCAGACAGAUGAAGUCUGCAGGACUUCCCCUAGACUAAACACACGAUUUUAGGGUUUUAAAGAGAGGUGAUCAGGGCCAAGCAGGCUGGUCCAGACCUGAUGUUUAGAUCCAGCGAUGUUGAUUUUAAAAUCGGAAAAUUCCUUGGUCUGAAUGUGGAGGGAGACUCCUGCCAAGGAAAGAAUGCCUUGCACCUUGAAGCCAGCGCAUAACAUUUGAGAGAUUGAUGUGACCUGAGAGACGCCAAUGUCCUGUUUGCUCAUAUGCAUAUGUGAUAGUCUGUCCAUAUUGUAGAUAAGAAGGAAAAGAUCUUUUAGUUGAAACUUUUGAUUAAUUCAAGAUACAGCUGAGUGGCACGCCACGCAAAGUUCUGUAAUUCCUCUUAAGGUGUAUGUGAGUUGUGGCCACAUUUGCAGAGGAGAAAAAAGAGAAAGUAGAAAGCUAUUCUCUGCACAUUUUUGUGUUAACAUGGAAUUAUAUCCUUAUAUAUAUGAUAAACUAACCGUAUCUGUUCUUAAUAAUAGUCUAUAUAGUCUAUAUCUGUAUCUAUUCUUCCACUUUUCAUCAUAGAAGCAGCACUUUUAUUCAAAAAGAUCUGUUUUUUUCCAUCUGUAUGACCUCAAGCUUAUAACUUCGACUUCCACCUUGACUGUGUAGGAGGUAACUUCUUGGCGGUAUCACUCUGAGUUUGUGUUUGUGUGUGUGUUUGUGUGUUUCAGGUGGAAUGGAUACAGCAGCAGGUGGUGAAGAGGAGGAUCAAGAGGGAUUACAAGCCAGCCCCACCCCUUUCCCUGUCAAGCCCCGCCUACAGCAGCCCAGCCCAGAACAACAUAUUCUAUAAUGACGCCAAAUGGAGCAGUAUGUGGUACAUUGUGAGUACAAAAAGCUUUUUACUGCACAAAAACAACCCUGUCUCUCUUUGUGUGUGUGGAGUUUCCCCAAAUAAAAUCUGUGUUUUUACUGUUAGAGGAUUGUGAGGAAUACACAUUUAUCUAGGUUGUGGGUCAAAGGUCAGCCCAGGUCGUGGCAUGAUCCUGAUUACUUCAGGGUCAGUGGAGCGGAGGGAUUUGUCUGAAUGUGUGUUUUACUGAAUGAAAGAACAGAAAAGCCGUUUCAAUGCGAUUCUAGUUUUUCCUCGACUCGAAAAAGAGACGAUUUAGGGUCAAGGUUUGGGGAUCUGUGUUAACACGUCAAUAUUUGCCGCAGGAAAGUCCACAGAGGGAGAAAUAUACAUGUCAGCAUGUUCGUGCAUUUCAACAUCCUUCCUCUGAGAACAGCAGUGUCGUUCAUUCACUUGUUCAUGCACGCACACACAAACUCACAGUACAACUAAUUCCACAGUGCAGAGAUUUACGGGCUUAUCACAUGUGUUGUCAUCCUCCCUCAGAUCAUUGCUCUUUUCAUUAUAUCCUAUAUGUGUGUGUGUGUGUGUGGUCGGGUGUCCUCAGCUCUGUCAAUGGUUAACCUGAAGCCGAUAAAUCCUAAUACUUUGACCAGAGCUUUUAAACAUAUUUUCCUCGCUCGUGGACAGAACUCUGUGAACUUGACGUUUGGAUGAUUACGCAGAAGUCUGAGCUUCCUGCGGUCAUUUUCAACCAAGUGUUGGAUAAACUUUACAGUUAAGAUAAAUGUUAAAAUGUUUGGAUUAAAGGUCAACUUGAAAAACGUUCAAGUUCAUAUUUAAGGUUAAAAAUGACAUUUUUGGCUUCGGUAUUGGCCAAUAACAAAACCAACCCGAUCCGAUCUGAGCUGAUCCUAUACCAGUAUUAAAGACCUUAACUCCCCAAUGUGAGGCUGAGACUAAGAAUUGUGAUUUGGCAACAUCAGGCUUUUCUAACUUUGUGAACCAAAAUGAAAUAAAUUCAUUUUUAAACUGACUGAGCCAUUUUUUAAUAAAAUUUUAGCCUGAAUCCUCAAAACUUAUAGGAAUAACAACUCGACUGUAACGUCUAAAUGCUCAGUCAGGGAUUCAAAUCCUCUAUUACAUUCACUAAUCACUGUGUCCUUAAGUCUUUGCACAUAUUGUUGUAGGAUCCAGGCAGAGCUCUGCUGAGGAAAUAGUCACGUUAUUGUAGACUUUUCCCGGGUCCGAGCAGUCAUUCAGAUGGCAGGAUUUCUCUUUUCUAAAUACUUCUUCAAAAUGAUGAAUUCAACAAAUUUCUCUUGUUAUUUUUCUGGCUUUAAAACCACAACCAGGAGGGUAACAGAAUAGCAUAGAGCUGAAAUGAAUAGAUCUGCCUUCUGCCUUUUGUCACUGAUACAAGAGCUAGUUUUUUGAGUCAUUAUCUGAUCAGUAUUUCACGAUCCGAUUGGUGAUGGGAUAAAUAAAAAACAACAAAAGAGUUGUGUUGAGCUUGUGUAUGUGUGUCUGAGAGUGUGUUUCCAUCUUCUGUUGUACUGUAAUGCAAAUUGAAAUCACACUCUUAUUAUUUUGUUUCAGAAUUCAAUGUGUAAAUACAAAGAUGUAGUAACAGCAGAACUUUGUAACGGUGCUGCAACAUGUGAGCAGCUUUUGAAACAGGCUUAUACGUCUGUUUGGCGUGCGGUCGUAGCCAAAGGAAACACAGAUGUUUUUCAAGCUGGAUAAGAUUUUGGAAAUGUACAGAUCCAUCAGUUAAAGAGAUUUAAAACUUGCCUCUGUUGUUGUGACUGGUUAUUGUCCAGCUGAGUCAAAGGAAACCUGAAGGGAUCAAUCAGUUUCAAAUCUGAGAAACUCAUGAUAUGUCAAAUCAAGAACAACUUGAUGUUUCACUCGUGGGUAUGUAAAAGAUCAUGAUAAAUGUGACUUUCUCAUCUCUGACCUCUAAUAUCAUCUGUCCAGCACUGCAAUGACGACGUCCACAACUGCCAGUCGGACAUGAACAUCAUGGGAGCGUGGAAGAGGGGCUACACGGGUAAAAACGUGGUGGUGACCAUACUUGACGACGGCAUCGAGAGGAACCACCCAGACCUCUUUCAGAACUACGUGAGUGUGUAUGUAUGCGCGUGUAGGGCAGCCAUGAGCGGUACUAUGAGUGUGUGUGUGUGUGUGUGCUUGUUGAAUGUGCGAGUCUGCUGCUGUCAGUGAAACUAAAGAGUUAAUUUUGGAUAUGCCGUGUCUGUGUUUAGCUGUGUUUCCAGCAGGUGGUCCAGCUCAGUUCAAUAAGGUAAUUAUUUGCAUUUUAUGCUGUCAGAAGUUGGGAAAGGUACCAGAAUCGCUGAUCUGUACUGUUGUGUUCUUUGGCGCCCUUCUUUUGGGAUACCGAGCAUACCUUUUUGACCUAAAGGGUGGAGCUAAGACGCACUGCAAUCUGUUAAACGAGAGAGAGGAGAGAUCAAACUGGAUCAUAUCCCUCUUAAUCUGAUAUAAUUUGACCAGUUAACUUAUAUAAUCAAUUUCUGGUGGUCUGAUUGGUUUUGUUCACCAGGGGUAUGACUGUCUGUGCAGAUGUAAGGGGGCUCAGGGUUAACUGUACCAAACUGUACUCAUCAGAAAUGCACUUUCUUUGUGAUUCUGUGUGAAAUAUGAGCUAAUCUAUGAGGUUAACGGUGCAAGUUAGAGUGGGGGGUUUGUGUGAGCACAUGAUUUAGGAUAAAGGAGUCACAUGAACAGUUGUAAUUCAGUAUGAUGGCAUUUUUUUAAUCAGUACCUGUGUGCUGAAGUAAUCCCCAGAUGGGACCACAGGGUGCUCUGAAUGGCUUGUUCAAAAAGUCACAUGAGAAUUAAGCAAGAUCAAAAUAAAUCCUUUUCUAUAAAUUUAUUAAUUUAUAGAAAGAAACUCUACUUUGUGUCACGGCAACAGCGAAGGAGGCUUCCUGAAUGCUGUAAAUCAUGCAAAGCUGCCGAGAAGCUAUCAGAGGGACAAUAUAGAGCCAGAAAUGAGCCUGAUACCCCCUCUGUAAGGUUGUUUUAUGUGUCAAAGAAUGUCAUAAGAUUUUUAGAUAUUCUGACCUCAUUUAAAGACUCUAAAACUUGUUAGUGAACCCUGUUUUUGGUGCACCUUUUUCAGUCCUCAUGUGUCAAAAAUACCCUGACAGAAACUGAUUUAGUUUCUCAUUUCUCCUAACUGUCGCCAACAGCACCUAGACAAAAAAAGAAGACAAAUCUGUCAUAUGAACUUACAUUAAAGCCGUGAGAGUUGGAAAAAAAUAACUUUUUAUAGAGGCUGAUAUCAAACUAGAGUGUAAUCCUGUGGUUUAGAUUGGAUAAAUACUUCCUCACGCUUCCUCAUACCUGUGGCUGUGCAGGUAUGCCCUGUCUCAUGUUUAUUUGUCUGUGGUCAUAUACUUUACGCUUAUGCAGAGGUAUGUCUGCCAGAGAGGUAAACAUAGUGAGAGGAACUUGGUGGCCUGAGGCGGCAGGUAAGGCCAUCAAUCAGCCGCGCAGAUAAAAUGAUUCACUCCAUGUUUGACGAUGCCCGCGCCGCUGUUAUUAGCUGCUCUUAAUGCCAGGAUUUGUUGAUGCCGAAGGGCGACAGCACAGCAGAUUGAGUUAGCUCUGAUUGGAUUCGAUUUGCAAAACUGUUGUGAGUGAUGCUAAUGUGGACUGUUUGAUUGGGUUAGAAAAGCUUUGUGGCUUUCUGCUGGUCUGUAACAAACACAAACUGAGGCACUAACACGUGUACACAGAUUGCAGUAGAGCAUCUGUUGUAAUGAAAAGACCCUUUUGAUGUUUUUGCUCUCUCCUGUUCAUCAUUAGAUCUAUCCUUUUUAUUGUUUGCUCUAACCUUCAUGUCUCUCCCAGGACCCUCAGGCCAGUUUUGAUGUCAACGGCAAUGAUAUGGACCCCAUGCCUCGAUACGACGCGACGAACGAGAACAAGUAAGGAAAAACUGAAUGACCUCAGAUUGAAACAGACGCAGAGAAAUGUAAUUUUAGCAGAUACAAUAUGGUUCUGAUAAACAUGUGGAUGUGGCUUCAGUGUUCCGUUACUAUGGUCAACCGACUGGUGCUCUGCGUGUCACUGUUUAUCUGAUUGAUUUUUACCAGAAGCUCUGGGCCUCAAUAUGUUUGUAUUUGCUCAGCCCUGACCUUGUUGUGGGUGCGAUGAGUUACAUUAGUGUAUUUGAUUGUGACAUUUGUGGGCGGGUUGCGGUUUUUCAGUUUGGUGGAGUUGGUGUGUGCAUGUGUAAGCGAGUGUGUUAGUGUGUGUGAGUGGAAAACAAGAGAGGCUCCCUGGUCUAGGCACUUGUCUUGUGCCAGUUUGGCUUAGUAAGUGAUUUUGGUGUGUGUGUGUGUGUGCGUGUGUGAGCAGCCUGAGUGCCUUGGCAGUGUCUCCGUCCCUGCUGGUGAUGCAUUGUCUUAAAGAGACAUGAGGCCUACAGAUGCAGCUUAAUGAGCCGGUUUCCCUUUAAGGCUGAAAUCACAGCCGUCCAUGAUGCUCGGUGUUUGGGAACAGAAAGAUGGUUUAGCCUUUUUUUAAUAUCACUGUUCUUUGUUACAAACUCUCUUAUGGGCAAACUGUGGCUUUUUGUGAAACUUGUGGUUGUUCAGCAACAGGAAUGACGUAGUGCUUGUGGAUUUAAACCUGUGGUGUGUUAGUGUGUUGAUCCGUGAAUGUAAGCAGAAGGGGGGAAGAAGAGCACAUAGUUUCUGCAUCAUUGAACGAGCAUCUUUUGCUUUAUUAGUGAGGUUUCUCAUGUCUACUAUCUUUUAAAUAUCAUUAGCCAAUCGGAAUAAAAAUACAUCAUGUAAAGAUUCUGAUCCAAUUCGGCUCAAUCAGUAAGAAAUUGUAUUCCGAUCAAGAGGAGUGGUUUAUGCCAAUCAUUCAGAAACGCCUCCAUGUAAACACUUAUUUCGAUCGUGACUCUCUUACCUGACACGAUCUUCACUCUUUAGCCUUUGGUUUAUUUAUUGAGGUCAGUACAGGAGGUUUCAUUAUUAACACUCUGGCAGAAAACACAACCGCAGGAACCAUUGUCCUCUGGUAAGCCAAUUUUUUUUUUUUUUUUUUGCUUGGAUGGUAGGGGAAGGUCCCGCCCUCCAUCGCCUCUGACUUGCUAGAAGUACUGGGCUCUGAGUGGUUCUUCCUUAUGGCUGUGAAACAUCAUCGUCUGUCGGGUUAGGGUUAGGAGAUUCAGAAGUGCAAUAAUGUUCUGUAAUGUUCUGUUGGAUGUACAGAGCCAACAGCCCGCGCUCGGCUUGAGCAUGUGAUGACGUUUCCAGCUUUUCUCGCCAAUCAGAGGCGAAGGAGGCGGGACUAUCCCCUACCAUCUUACGAAAAAAAUAUCGCCUCCGGUAACAUAUCAAGGUGUACAUAUAUCGUAAUGAUGUCACAUCUGCGCGCACAGAGCAACCUUUGACAGAACAGUAAAAUAAGUAUGCAAGGGCGCCAUCUAGUGACAACAUUUAACAAGGGGACAACUCCUGAUUGGAUGGAGUGAGCAUCUGGUCAGCUCUUCUUCUUUGGUCAUUUUAGCGAAAUCAGACAACUGUGCUUAUCCAAAUGCUUCUAAUCUGAAUAAAGUUUGGUGUAUGUAUACGUACGUCAUGAUCGGAUUAUUUGAUUUUGCACCCAUAUAAACAGUUGAUUCAGAUUAUCCGAUCCUUCAAAUUUUUAAUCAGAUCAAGAAGUUUUUCCCAUGUUAACGUGGCCAUUGAUACUUAUUUUAAUCUGAUUACACAAUGCCUGAUUAAGAAAGAGCCAUUACAUACACGGUAUUGGCCAUUCAUGUAAAAAAAUCGGAGGACCACACAGAGUCAAAAGUGACUGCAUCUGUUGAACAAAGUGGAAAAACGAGCACCUUAAAUCGUCACAUCAUUACUCUUAGUGAAUAUGUGCUGUCACUCCUGCAAACUAGUUAUCUGGUUGUGGGACAGAUCCCUGAAACAUGGCCACAGAUGUGAGGAAAAUGAGAAAAACGGGCAAAAACAAAGUGCGGAAAGACAUCCAGACAGACCGUUUAAUGGAUUAGUGGAGGGAGCCGAGCUGAGUGAAGACCGCUGAAGCAUUUUGAAAGAGGGAGCCAGCAGUUUGGCUCAUUAACUGUGAUAAAGAGGCUUCUCGCUGAUUUAAUAUCUUAUACUUAACCCCAACUUUCCUGCUAAUGUGAGGUCAUUCAAACUCUACAAGGAUAGAAAAAGUAUCUUAAAUAAAAGUAGGAGAUAGAGUUGUAGAAGCAUUUUCUCUAUACUCAAAUCCUGUUGAGUCCAAAUAUCUGAACAUAACAGACCAGUGCUGCUUUUUUACUGCAACUUUCUGACUGAGAGUAGAUCGGUAGAUCCGCUCUCAUACUUGUCAUAUCUAGAAAUAUUAAAUUUUAAACCAGCAGCUGGUCAGGAAAACUCAGCAUAAAGAGGGGAAACAGAGGAAUAUCAAAUAGCUCUGAGGUUAGUGUCCCUGUCUCUACAAUAACAGAUUUCACAGACUUUUUAGUUUAUUUCUGCCGGUCUUGUUUGAACAGCUCAACAGCUGGUGGUAGCCUUAGAUAUAUAACAAUGAGACAGACAUUGUGAACUGAACCAAUGUAGAUGACAGUUUUCAUAAUCGGAGAAAGAUGGUUUGUGAAGAUAAGAAUGGAGAUUUCUACUUGGAGGCAUUUAGAUGUUAUAUUCAAUAAAAAAUGAAGGAGAAAAAAAAAAAAAAAAUCAGAUGAAACUCUUUAAAACGACAGCCAAGUGUUGCAGUAAGGACCAUGGCCACAAUCAUCAUAUGUAUGCUGUAAUUUCCUGUAUGUCCUCGUCUUUCGCUCAACACAUCAUCUCGGCGUCGCCCCUGAGAAAUUCAUUCUAAUCGGUCAAAAGAGCCCUUCAUGAGCCCUGCUGCUCAUUCUCUGCAGAGUUUGUCCUCCGGAUUACUGACAUUGAAUACGCUGUAUGAACAUAAACGCCUGAAUCUGGUUACCCUGUCUGUACUUUCUUGCCAAUUCCUGGAAACUGGGACGCUGUUUGCCUGGCGCCCCAUGUAAAGAGGCUGUGGUUCUCGUCACAGUGAUUUAAUAAAGGCAAAAGAAAAAAAAACACUUCACAGUCAUCAUCACAGAAGUCGACUUUCUCUCCUCCCUCUGCAUGUGCUACCCAGCUGUCAAACGAAAUAGUCUAUUUUAAGUUGCGAGAGUCUGACAAUCUCCUGGUUUGUGCGUUGAACGUGUAAACGGCAAGUUUUACAAAAUAUCUGAGCCUCCAUGUCCUCAAAUGAUCCAUAAUGAGCCAGUAAGGAUUUGGAGGUCAAAUGUCAGUGUGAUCUCAUAGAACAUGUCUCUUGGCGAUAUCUCAAGAACGGUUUUGCUUGAUAUGACAACAUCUUGAAUGGGAUCAAAUGAUGACAUUUCAUUUCCAAAAGGUCAAUUAAUAUAUUAUUCAGACUUUUUACGCUUGUACUCAACGUAAUCUGUAACUCAGAAGCAAAAGAGGAGGUUGUGACCGUGUUUCACGCUGGAUUUGGUGCACUAAUCUUGGAUUCCCGUCUUAAAAAUGUGAUCUGCUUUGCUGCUGUGUGCAGAAGUGGUUCUGUUUUCGUGGUUAUGAACUUUUAUUUGCAGUGAAAUCCAUAAAUGAAGCUCUGUCUGCAGUGAUGGCUUCAACUCAGAUAAAAAGAGAGUUACUGCUGUUAUUAUGGCAGUUUUAGAUGAUCGACAGAGGCGUUCAUCUGCAAAGCAGUCCUCGUUCAAACCUCCGAUCAUGUUGUCAAAUAAAUGUAAACUUGAAAUCAUCAGUUUACUCUCAAAUUGGAUUCUCCUCAGCCUGAGUGCUUCCCUGGGCUCAAAAACUUCCCAUAUCUUCCAGGGGGUCCCGAUUGCUAGAUGCUGGGUUUCCAUGGCAGCGGUCAGAGCUGUUUCCAGGGGGUGUUGUGAUGCAGAUGUUCUCUGCGGGAGGUGUGUGUGCGUGCGUGUGUGUGUGUGUGCGUGUCGUUUCAGAUAGUGCUGUUUUUGAGCAGGCAGCGGACGCAAACAUACUCGUGUUUGUUUACGCUGGUUGCUGACCCGGGCCGAUUGUCACCGCUACAGUUACAGCUGGAAUGUUACCCUGGUGUGUGUGUGUGUGUGUGCACGUGUGUGUGUGUAUGUGUGUGUUUUCCUCUUUUGGACUGGUGUGAGAACUCAAAUUUCUCUCCUCUUCAUACUCUGUAUGUUUGCACCACUUCCGACUCUUAGAGCAUUUGGUUUAGGAUGGCCUCAGGUGUAAUGGGUUUAUCUGUGUAUACAUGUUUACCUGCCUAAGUGUGUAUAUGUGUAUGUAUGUGUGUGUGUGUGUGUAUGUGUGUCCUUGCUCUCCACUUCAAAGCUGCAUGUUUAUCUGGUAGUUUGCGCAUGCUGCCCUGCUUGUGUAUACACGUGUGUGUGUUCCUGAUCUGUGUAAUAAGAUGUGCGUUCCUGCUCUCUCCUUAGACACGGGACACGGUGCGCGGGUGAAGUGGCUGCAGCUGCAAACAAUUCCCAUUGCAUUGUGGGAAUUGCAUACAAUGCCAGAAUAGGAGGUGAGUGAUUGCAGUGUUUUGAUUAUUUAUUUACAGUAUUUAUCACUGUCUCUUGACACCUUUUCAUACUUAGGUGCUAUGCAUUCAAAGCAUUAUACUUCAAAGUUUUUCAAAAUGGGAUGUAUGAAACAUAAACACAUUCACAGAUAUUUAAAAUCAUUACAAUCUUACAAAAGUACCUCUGAAGAUGCUGACUUAAAUAAGUUUUAAACAUAUCACGCUGCUGUUUCACACUGUAAACAUAAAAACUAAAAUCAAUAAGUAAUGAAAGUUUUUAUAAUUGUGGCUAUAACCUGAGUUUUUCCAGCAAUUGAAGGUGUUUAUAAGCUCCAUCCACUAACAGGACAGUUUGUCUAAUCUAUGAUGUCAUUUUUGCCCGCUGUUUAAGUUAUAGUAGAGCAUUCAGAUAGUAAGGGUAGCUGUGUUACGUGUUUAAGUCAACUUUAUAACACUGAAGGCUAAAACAUACAGGAUGCGUAUUUGGAGCGUGGCAGCUGUGUCGCGUAUCACGCAGCAAAUAGGUUGCCAUUCUGAUCAAUGCGGCAAAGCAUACAGGAUGCGAAUCAGCUCCAUCGCAACAUCAUAUCGAGAGCAGCACUGCUAAAGAUACGUGGAGAGGCUAUUUUUGCUGCUCUACACUUCUACUGCGCGUCAAUCCACACAGAAAAGAUUGUUCUAGACAGGAAGUCAAGCACAAAAACUGGGCAUGUCAUCCGGUUUUUCAAAAUAAAACAUCAUAUGCAGACUCCCGACUGUGUAUCAGUUUGUGUAGAUGAGAAAUACUUCCUGGUUAUGGAUCUAUCAGUGACACAGAACAAUCUGAUGGUUAAUCCCUGAUCCAUGUGGACCCCAACAGGACUUUUAACUGCUAACUCUGUCUGAAGGUAACAGCACAGCAUAAAGGAACAUAGUUAAAAAAAAAAACAUCUUAUUGAGAGAGUAAAAGCAGGAUAAGCAGUUUUUUUUUCUUUUUUUUAAGAAUCUAUGAGGAGGGACCAAAAGUUCUGUUAAAAAGGAAAGUUUUGAGUCCCUCUUUUAAAACUAAAUUAUAUCCAAAUUAGAAGGAAAUAGACCACAAAAAGGCAAAGCAACCUGUUGUGAGCAUGUUGUCUCCUUUAUACUGGGCCCAGCUGACCGGGGCUGCACUACGCUGCUGCUACGCUCCAAAUACGCAUCCUGUAUGUGUUACCCAGGGCUGCCCUACAGAGCAAAUACAGAAUGCGGUCAAUACGGAUCCUUGAGUUAAUAUUACACACUUCAACCUUUUAACCAAGAUAUAAAAUGUGUUUAUAGGAUAUAGUUUAUUUUUAUGUUUGUGUGUCAGGUGUACGAAUGCUGGAUGGAGAUGUAACAGACAUGGUGGAGGCCAAGUCUCUGAGCCUGCAGCCGCAGCACAUUGAUAUCUACAGCGCCAGCUGGGGACCCGAUGAUGAUGGGAAGACCGUGGACGGACCAGCGUCUUUAGCCAGGCAGGCUUUUGAGAACGGCAUCCGCCUGGUGGGUACACGUAAUCAUGCAUUCACAUUUACAUGCAGAAAAAUGAACAAACUAACACCCCUCACCCGAGUCUUUUCACAUUGGUAUUCAUGUGGUGAGAAAAGACAUAAACAGGCAUAAACACAAACACCCAGCAGAUGUGUGUUUUUUGGAGUUCAUGCGCUCAUGACCCAAAGUCCUACCUGCUAUCUCUACCUGUGAAACUCCUCUGGACACCAGAGAGCAGCGCUGGCCCUAUUAGCAUAACUUCAUUUACAUAUUCAUAGAUUAUUUUACAUAAGGACAAGCUGGUGCUGUGUUGUUAGCUGAGCUGAGUGGAAAAGCUACAGCAGAGGUUAAGAGGGUUAAAGUCAUCUGCUGGUCACGUCUCACCCACACAUACUGUACUCAUAACCUGCCCAAGUUUCCUUCUGCUGGCUUUCUGCCAUUUGUUUAAGAAGAUUUACACCCUUGAAAGAAAAAACUGAAGAAAGAGAAAAGGAGAAAAGGAAAAAGGGGGACAGACAAAGAGGCGAAAAAAGUCAGAAAGAAAGAAAGAAAGCGUCUCCUGUCCUGACAGGCUUCCUUGUUUAGACGACAGAGGUGAGGGAGAGAUCUGUCUGACUGGUAUAAGCAGCACACCAGGGCAUGUGUGCAUGUGAUGUGGCUCUCUCGUCAUUGUGUAUGUGAGUGUGUGGAAGUGAAGCUGAGCUGAGAUGGCAAGCUUGUAAGUGUAACAUGCUCCUGUGUGACACUCUGAAGGGACAGUUUAUCUCAGAGAGCUGAGGUGUUGGAGAUAACACUGACAGCUGUGCAGGGGGGUCACUGUGGCUUAUUUGGGUUGUGUUUUUGUAUGAAAGACUCAGAGUUUCAAAUCAAAAGAUUAUUAUUUGAUUGCAUUUUCUGGCUUUGUGUUUUAUCUUCAGUUAAAGAGAAACAUUUUUCAGUUAUCUGAUUAUUGUUUAAUACAGAAAAUAGUGUCAAAUUGAUGAAGAAAUGAUCAUAAAUGUUCUUCCUUGAGCUGCGAAACACCGCAGCAGUCCGUAAUGGACUGGCCCGAGGUCUCACUACAAACAAGUGGCUGCUGGAAGAGAGUAGGUGAGUUGUGUUUAGUCCCUUUGCUAAAGAUGUUUGGUGGCUAGUGCUACAGCUGGGACCCUAUAUGUACUGUUGAUGAAGUUAGGUGCCCUUCUGAGCGGCUCCUCAGACCGCUGUGUAUUGCUAUGGUCCGGUCGUUACUUGAGUCUCUCAAGGGGGUGUCUAACUCGGUGUUACGGUGUGUUUGACCCUAAAUUAAUUUUACGCCAGAAUAUCCCUUUAAUAUAAUGUAUGAGAGGGUAAAAGGAAAUUCUUACAUUGAAAAAUCUUCACAAAUUGUCUAAGACUUCUUUUAAAUUCAGAUAAGUGAGUAUCAUCUUUUUUUUUAUUGCCUAAUAUCAGGUCCUUUUUGUGGAUUGUAAUUCAGCACCCCCUCUCUCUACACUUUCUCCUCGCUGUUUCGUCUCCGUAUCAUUCUUUGUCUUCCCUCCUCUUUUACUAACUGCUCUUCAAAGCGCUCUUCAUCACUCUCAUCAGUCAGCGUUUGCUCUUGUCUGAUCCCCCUCUCCAUCAGAGGGGCUCCACUCACUUAUCUCUGCCUGACAGAAGCCCCCUUACGGAGAAAUCCAUUCCACCUUUUAUUCUUGAUACAUACUGUAUGUGUGUGUGCGUGUGUGUAUGUGUGUGUGUGUGUGUCUUUGUGCUCCUAAGUGAUGUGAGUGUGUUUCUUGACAGCCUGAAUCGCUGUGUCAGUCACUUUUUGCUGACUCCUGGCUGAACUUUGCCUUCAGUACUUGUCCGGUCAUCAUCCACACUGUAACUUCACUAGCGUGUCUCCACCAUGGCUGAUACUUGAUCACUGUAAACUCAGCUAAUUCCAAAGUUAAAUCCUUUAUACGUUUCUAUUUAAAAUAGUUAAGACUUCAUAAACCACCAGUGCAUUGAUGAAUUGGUGUCUGUUGUUCACACUGUAUAAUUGCAGCUCACUCUGAUCUGGCUCCAGUUUCUCAAUUAGCAAAUACAUAUGGGCUGAGUUUUCUCUUGUACUGGAAAUCUACAAUUAAAUAUUAAACAGCUGCUUGGCUGCACAUUUAAAGAGCUUCAGUUAUAACAAACACCCAUAUGUGCGCAGCGUUCAGCCAAAACCGGUAAAUACAAAACAUUCACAUAGACUCACAAAAAGAAAUCUGUCUUAUUUGCUGUAAAAAGUUCAAGUAGUUUACAUGCUGUACAUUGUGUUUGCAUUUCUCAGUCAGUGCAAGAGCAGGCUGUUCGUAGUCCCAUGAUGCUGUUAUGCAACUCUUCAUAUAUACAUGUGAAUUUUUAGUGUAAUGUUUCUAAUAUGAUGUACAGAACUUAAAGACAAACAUUUGAAUGGAUAAGAAGAGGUUUGAUAAUAAUAAAAAGAGACAAGGAAGCAUCUCAAGGACAAAAAAGUGAGUUUAAAAACCAGCUUGAGAGCAAAAAUACAAUGCACUUUUAUUUGUAGAGCACAUUUAAAAACAACCAAGUUGACAUAAAAAAACAACAACGAAAAAAAACAAAAUUAACUCUCAGCGAAAUACAAGAGCAGACCAGAUAAAAGCAAUUAAAAAUAAUCAUUAAACAGACAAUAUGUGAUUAGGUUGUGUUAAAAGCCAAAGAAUUAAAAGGUGUUUUGAGACGUGAUUUAAAAAUAGCUAGAGCGGGGGGCUUGUUUAACAUGAGGAGGGGGGGGAGUUCCAACGUCUGGGGCCAGCGACAGAAAACGCACGGUCCCCUCUGCCCUUGAGUCAUAUCUUAGGGAUUUUAAUGAGCAAUUCGUCGGUGGGUCUGAGGGACCAAGAGGGGACAUGUGGCUUUGAAAGUUCAAUCAUAUAAAAAGGGGCAAGCCCAUUAAGCGCUUUAAAAACAAACAUUAAGAUCUUAAAAUCAACUCUAAAAUGUACAGAGAGCCAGUGUAGCACCGCCAAGACUGUAGUUUUAUGGUCACGUUUGCGUGUGCCGGUCAUUCUGGACCAGCUGUAGGCAGGUGAGUGAGGACUGACUGAUACCAAGGUACAGUCCAUUGCAACAGUCCAGUCUUGUAGAAAUAAAAGCAUGUACAACUCUCUCAAAGUCUAAAAAUGUCUCACCAUGGCUGCUACACCCAUCCAAAGAAUACAUACAUUAUUUAUCUUAUGGUGUUCAGCUUGUGUCCCCGUCCAGUAUGUAAUCAUCCUCUCCUCUGGAAACGAAUGUAAAGAAGCUCAAUUAUUGCAUCAGCCUUGUUGAUGCAGGGUUAUCCUCUAUUCACAGAAACAAAUCACGUUUAGUUAGUCCUGUGUUUCCAUCACUGCUAAAUGAAAGUGAAAAUGAAAAUGACAGUGUGCCUCUAUCGAAAUGUUCAGUUUAAUUUCAGUCGAUAAUUGAGUUUUUUCUCCUCUGAUGUGAUUAGAGGCAGAAAUUACUGUAGUCUGACUCUGGAGUAAACUCACCAAAGUAAACUCAGUGAUGCCAGAUGGUAAAAAGUAAAAAAAUCCUCACCUUUUCACGAGAGUGUAAAGGGUGUAAUGACUGUGAAACUUGGAAAAAACCUCCUCAGAUCGACUGUCGAGCACUGGCAGUCUUUCCGCUGUUCCUUUCUCUGUUUCCGAUCUUUUCUUCUCCAUACAGUCGUCUGCAUGUUGAGGCACUGGAGGUACACCUGAUAGACGUUAAAGGAACAUGUAAGAAUCCAGUCAAAACAGAGUCUGGUGAGCAGAGCUGAGCUUCGGGCGAUAAAAUAAACCUGCUGUACCUUGAUGUUUCCUCUCUGCAUCUUUUCUGUCAGGGGAGGAAGGGCCGAGGCUCCAUCUUCGUGUGGGCUUCGGGCAACGGCGGGCGCAGCAGAGACCACUGCUCUUGUGACGGCUACACCAACUCCAUCUACACCAUUUCCAUCUCCAGCACAGCCGAGAGUGGACGCAAGCCGUGGUACCUGGAGGAGUGCUCUUCUACUCUGACCACCACCUACAGCAGCGGGGAGAACUACGACCGAAAGAUUGUAAGGCCUAAAAAACACACCGAAUGAUUAUUCUUGAAAAUUUUAAUUUGAUCUAUAUGUGCUUCUUCUUCACCUCGGUUAUAUAUUUGUGUGUCUGGUUCUGGUGUUGUCACCCUGUCUGACCUUAAUUGACCCAAAUCACUCCCAUGAUCCUCUCAGAUCGACACUGACAGUUGUCCGCUGUAAGCUUGCUUGUCUGGCAGCGUUUCGCCACAUUCCUAGCUUGGAUGUUACCGUCACACACACUUAAACACACACACACUCAAACACACUCACACUUGUUUUUCUUCAGCUUUGAAAAUGAACCGAUAUGAAUAUCUGCCUAAUCUACUCAAGCACACGCCCACUGUCCUCCUCUUCUCAAACAUUAAUGAGUGACUUUCACUCCUCACUAAAACCGUUUCAGAUCCCCUGUGUGUGUUUGUGUUUGUGUGUGCGUGUGUGUGUGUCGGAUAAUCCGUCAAACUUUUUGGUCCAGGAAAGGUCCUUUGAUGAGGGCUCAGACUGGAGGUUAGCCAAGCUUUUCUUGGCUGACUCACUGUCAAGCUGACUUGUUGGCUGUCUAAAGUCCAUACAAUCAAAGCAAACGUACAGCGCUUUAACAACACGUUUUACGACCUGUAACUCCCUCUUAGUCUUCAUCUUUCGUUUCUCCUUGGGCGAUAAACGCAUACCUUGACUUCUUGGGGAAAAUGGAAGUUUAAAUACUUGGGUGUGAGGGACUAUGUCUGUUGUCUUUCUGUGAGAUUGAGGAUUUCCAGGUGUGUCUAAAUCCUCCUGAUCCUCAUGACUUCAAUCCUUGUGUUUGUCUGUUUUCUUCCUCUCUUUGCAAUCGCUUAUGUCUCCUUCUUCUCCUCUGCUUUCUUCUUUUUUUAUUUCUUUAUUUAUCCUUCCUGUCUUUGAUUUUGACUUUCUCCUUCCUCCUUUUAUUCCUCUCAUCACUUUUCCUACCUCAUCGUCUUCUUCUGACGCUGUCCUCAUCCCCUCCUCUCUUCUUCUGUGUUUGCAGAUCACAACAGACCUGAGACAUCGGUGCACAGACAGUCACACAGGGACAUCAGCCUCGGCUCCCAUGGCUGCUGCCAUUAUUGCUCUCGCCCUGGAGGCAAAGUAAGAUCCACUUAACCUCAUCCCUUCACGUCAUGCCUCUGCCCCUCACUUACCUUCUAAUGCCCUCUUUUCUCCUGGCCACGCUGAGCUGUUAGAGGAACCGCUGAAGCCUUUUCUCACAUGCACAUCAUUGUCCAGUCAGAGGUGGAGAUGCUUUUAACUAACCGGUGGAGCUAUUUUUGUUUUAGACAGCUAAUCUUCUGCAGAGUUAGUGCAGAUAUACAGGAUUUAAGAGGUGUCUGUCUACAUUAAAGACUGGACUAUUACUGUGCAUGGAUGUUCCUGUGGGGCAUGGAUGUUUACAGAUCAGCCUCAUUCUGCCAAACGCGUAAAUGCACUGCUUUAUUUUUGGCUAGAGUAAGAACUAAUAGAAGUCAUCCGAGCAUGCAACAUUUUACUCUUGCAUAGCUAAGCUCUUAUGUGUAAUUACCCUGCUGCUUUGUGGAGAUGUUUCCACAUUUAGAAUCAAACAUGAUAGAAUCAAAGUCUUUUACUUUCCUUCACAUAAUGCACAAAACAAGAAAGAAAGAAAUGCUUUAGCUGAAGUGCACAGUAAUCAGGCAUCGACGGUAAGAUAGUAAACAUGCAUUCAAGUUAAACUUUGUAUAUUGCAAAAUAAAUAAUGCAUAUUGCUCAUUAGAUAAUGUAUAUAAGCCUGUACAUAAUGUAUGAUGCACAGCAUGGUUUUUAGAAUAUAUAACAUAGUAUAUAAUCAAUAUUGCAUAGUAGAUAUACAACAUGGUUAAAUAGUAAAACGUAUCACCCCAUCAGAAAAAAAUGUUUAAGCAUAUUUGAUUCUGUGUUAGCUCUGCACACGCUGCAGGAACACUUCGUCUUUUAUGUUCUAAUUUUUACCUUGUUACUGAAAGAACGACUGAAAGGUGACGGGAAAAAAAGUGAAGAACAGAUUAGAGAAUGAAAGAAUAUAAGGGAUCGGAGUGAAACUCUGGGCUGCUGUGUGGAGAACUGUUUCCUCUUUAUGUUGAGCACCAUGACUUGGAGUUCUCGUCUCGUUCCUUCACAGCGGGUUAAAUCUAACAAAUGUCAUUGCAAUUAUAAUAUAAACAAAAAGGAGUCAUCAGCUGUGAUUUUGGGCUGUAGCUCAGUGUUUCUAAUGAGCAGUUUGUUGAUGAAUCGUGGCAUUACAAUGUUGUUUUUGAAUAUUGUGACAGAGGUCUUUGUCUUUGACUGCAGGUCUGUGAUCUCUGCUCUGUUCUUCCUUUUACUUGUUUAUGGCUGUUUAAAUUAUGACAUGUAUUUAUUAGAUAUUGAAUGGUGGAUAUAUUUUUGCCAUGUUUGAGGGCUGGGCGAUAUAAGGAAAAGUUUAUCACAAUAUAUUUUUUUCAUAUUAGUUGAUAUCGUUAUAUAUCAUGAUAUAAAAAAAUGAAAUUUAACAGUGCUUAUUGGUAGCAUGUCUUUUGCAAAACAAUAAGCUACUGCAUCUGUGAGUUUUUUUGAGUCUCUUUGUUGCAAGGCGUUGCACUAAAGAAAGCGCACUGAAUGGUCGGCUGCACAGGCGCCAUGGGAUCCUUGCUCUGCUCGGGUUUGUAACCUUUUGCAUUGCCCGUGCUCUGCCGUGUGGCACUGCUUCAGGUGGUGAAAAAGAUUUGAGGUAUUCCACAACUUUGUGAGAACAUGUACUCGACAUAAUUUGCAGUGCACACUACUCUGCUUCAUGUCCGACCUCAAAAAAACAAAAUACCUCCACACCACUGACAUUUUCGGGCCAGUAUUGUCAACGAUAUCUUCAUCUGUUGAGCCUUCAUCUGCAUUUCUGCCGGGGGUAUUUUCUUUUUUCCUCACCUACAGUGCUGUCAGCUUGACGUUUUUAAGUGCUAUGGUUGCAUUUAGCUGCAGCCUGCUAUGACACAGUUGUUUGCUACCUGUUUCCAAUUCAACACAUGAUUGGUUCAGUGUUUAGCUGACCUGGAGCAACUCUCCUUUUCAUUUUCGUAUAGUCUACCAAAACAUGGCAUAUUAAAAAGCAUAUAGACCAUGUUUUGUAUUGAUAUUGAGGGAAAUCAAUUAUCAUUUUAUCACCCAGUUGUUAUCUACCCUGUUGUUUCUUUUCAGGCCUUUUAAAACUUUACUCUUCACAACAUUGUGAGAGAUCCAGUUUAGGAUGUAACUGCAUGUUUCUAAACAAACUUUUUUACUCUCCUGGGUACAUUUUCUUAUAGAUGUUUUAAACAGGACAAUGUCACAUUGCUGCAUCCAGAAAACUGAUAGAUCUUAGCCACUUAGAUCUUUAGCCAGGGUAUCAAGCUGCUGAAACAAGAAGGGGCCUCCACAGACACUGUUGGGCUUUUAUACUGAAAAUUUCUGCCCCAAGAGUUUGGAUUACCAGUUUCAAAGUGGGCACGCUUAAAGAUAAGAGAAGUUCUCUGCAGACCUUUUCUCUAAAUUGGUUUCACCAUCCUGUCUUGGCCGUACUCCCUCUACUCCUCCCUAGUUGCUUCAUGUCGAUUCCUGCUAUCUGAAACCCGUAGAUGCUUGAUCUGUGAUAAAUUCAUGAAUUAGGAAGCGUGCAGUGCAGGUGCAGGGACUCUAAAUUGGGCUUUACCCCAUCAUCACAUGUUGAGCCGCUCAGUUAGCUGAGGUCACUUCAUUUAACCUGGAUAAUCCAAUCCAAAUCCUCCCAGUUGAAAAUAUUCUCGGUUUCCUGGCAGCGCCGGGCACAUAAGCCUGUUUCCUCAACAAGAUUAUCACACACUGCUUCUUGUCUGUUUGCUUUCUUCUCCUCUGCUCGCUCUCACCUCCUCUCUGUCGUGCGUGCUGUUUUUCCUCCGCUGUCACGAUGGUCUCUCCCCCUCCUCCUCCUCUUUCUAGGCAAUCGCUCUUUCUUCCCUUCUAUUCAUUCAUUCAGUUUCUCACAUGGAUAAACUUGCAUGCAUGCACUCGCAGGCAGAGCGACUGGAUGAAAGAGGGAGAGGAAAACAGUUUAGACAAACUCUGUGCCAUGCAGAUCAUAUCUGAUCUUAUCUGAUGGAUGAAAGCGAGCAAACCCUCUGUGAUAAACAUGUCAGACGCCAUCACGCUAGACUUCACUAAACUCUGCUGUGAGGUUUUUCCCCUUGGUCUAAAACUGGAUUGGAAUCGCUUUGGAAACUGGUCGCUUGCUCCCUUCUCUGUAGACUUUGCCAACUGUAAGAUGUUAAAGUCUGCACAUGAUUUAUCUCUUUAUGGGCUUGAGUCUAGCACGACAAGCAGGAGCGUUUCAGAACUUCAAAAAGUUUCAUUUCUUUCCCCCCGUCUUUCUUUUUGUCCUUGGAAGUGGAGAGACGGAAAAGUGAGUGAGCAUGGAGACAGGAGACUUCAGGCAGGACAUUAGGGGGGGAUAAACAAGAAAUGAGAAAGGAUAACCAUAAGAACCUCAUCCACAGGGGGGGUUUAAGCAACCAAAGCAGGGACAGAUGGGCAGAAAAAAAGUAGUUCCUCUUCAUGCAUCUGCUUUAAAAAUCAGACUUGAAAGGCGGAUUUUAGAGCAAAAAAUGCUGAUUAUAGUUUAGUGUGUGGUCUGAAAUCACAGGUUUAGACAAGGUGAGAUGUCCUGUUUGGACACUGACUCUUCGACUCGCUGCCUCAUACUAACACUUAAGAGAAACACCAAGAAACCUAUGUUAGACGUACUGAUCUGCUGCUGGUUUCCCCCAGUAUGCCAGCUUCUCCAUUAAUUAGUAUUGGCUUGUUUAUGGGGAGUCUGUUGUGGCCUAGAUAACGAUGCCAAAGUCACUUUUAAUUAAUGACCAUAAAACAUUUAUGCCACCAUAAUUACACAGUGGCAGCUAAGCCUAUUAAUAUUGAUCUGGGCGUUAAUUAUUCUGACUUUUCGUAGCACUUAUCUGUGCUACCAUCCUUUAAUUAUGUUUUAGCUGAUGUUUUAUUUUCAGAUGUUCGGUCUUUGCUUUUCAGCGAAAUUCGAAAAACGGCGUCGCAUCAGUGAUGGAUUUUGUGAAUUUUGAACCGAGCUUGAUGUCUUACACGCUGAAUAUUCAGUGAUGUCAAAUUGAGCGUCAAAAACACAGCGUUUAAUCAGGUUUUCUUUUGAUGACUGAUUUUCCUGCUCCAAGGAACCGGAGUUCUGACUGAGCCCGUUUUGCUUCUUUCAGUGCGUGAUCAUGUUGUGCAACCUGAAUUACAAAUAUCCUCAAAAGACCACCGUAAACUUCCAGAUACUGUGCUCGCCUAAUUUAUCCACGUUGGAUAGUGAUACCAGGUGUAUGCACUCAACCGAAAGAGCGAAUUUGACUUUUUUCAAACACAUCCAUUGACUGCAGUUUGCUCUGAAUUAAUGCCACACAUGAGGUGAUAGAUGUGCAGAGCAAUGGAAUAAAAAGAGGAAACGAAAAACAUAAGAGGGCCCAGUCCUCUUCUCAGCAGUACUUCUCCGGUGUAAAUAUCAGAACGCGUACAUAAUAAAGUGCAAAUGUAAUCUUGGAAGUCGGACCUUUUUUGCGAUGCUGAGACUUCUCCCAGAUGUUAUAGAUUUUAAAUUCUUCCAGGACGUUCUGUUUAAAGAGAUCACAAGCAGUUGCAGAAGAACUCGCUCUUAUGCAAGAAGUUCAACAGGCAAAAGCACACUGUGUUCAGCUCAGACUCAAUUUGCUCCCUCUCACAUGACAUUCUUGUUUCUUCUUUGAAUUUAAGGUCUUUUGAUUUUAGGGGGGGGUGCUGCAGAAUGUGAGUUUUAGAUCGGCAAGAGUGGAAAUAGUGCAGCUUCUGGAGGCGAGGUAGCGGCAGAAGGGGAGGGAGUAAAGCAUCUGGCUGGCAUAUGAGAUGGUAGGGAAUCCCAGGAAACUCAGUGACCCACUUCUUCCCGGUUUUCCCCUUUAAUGUAGUGUAUGGACAUCAAAGAAGUCCAGACACAUGGCUGCCAUCUUGUAAUGGAUCUCACGUGAGAUCUGAGAGUCGAGGGAUGAACGGGCAUUUCUGCUCUCCAUGUUUGCCUCUCUGUAAUUUUCUCUCAGUAUUUUUCCACCUACUGUACAUAAGUAUGUUUCUCUAACAUGCCUCUCUCCUGUACUCUCUUUGAAAACAUUUAAAACUUUCAUGCAUCUUUUUUCUUUAAAUUACCUUUUAAAUGGAAAAUUAGCGGCCAUUGUCUUCCAGUCUGUUUAAUUCUUUCACAACUUGAUAAACGAUUCCUACUUUUAUUCCUCAUGCCUUUGUUUGCAUCAUGAAACUAGGGGUGGGAAUCACCAGUGGCCCCACGAUACGAAAUUAUCAUGAUAUAUGGGCCACGAUACAAUAUUAUCGCGAUUUUUAACCUUUUGCAACACAGUGAGUAUUGCGAUACAAAAUAUUGCGAUCGAUAUAAUUUUUUCAACUGUUUAGCUAAUUUAACUUUUUUCUUUCCUUUAUGUUUGUUUUUUUAUGCUGUAUUUUAUUUUCAUGAAGCACAUCUUGCAAACUUUACAUAUAUAUUUGUUGUACUAACUUUCUUAUACUAACUUUCUUCUUCACCUCUGCCAACCUCAGUGGACAAACAGUUGAUUUUACUUUUCCAUUAUCAUAGAUUUGACUUCAUAUUAGCAAUUAAUUUGAAAAAAUGGAUACUUGGUAAAGGAGAGGAUAUAUCACCAGACAAAAUAUCGCAAUACUAUGAUGUAUUGAUUUUUUUCUCCCACCCCUAAUGAAAGCUGCUUGACCUGUUAUUAUUUACAUUCUGGGUACAUACAUUUAAUGUCAAGUUCGCUGUGUGUUUGGAUUUCCUGCAUGAGGCUCAGUGAACUCAUGUUUUUGUUUGUGUGUUUCUUUUUGUCAGUACUCAACUAACAUGGAGGGACGUUCAGCACAUCAUUGUAAAGACCUCCAGAGCUGGACAUCUCAGCGCCCCUGACUGGAAAACUAAUGCUGCUGGCUACAACGGUACAAAUCUACACUCACUCACACAAACACACACUUGUUUGUCUUGUAUAGUUUAUUUUAUUUCAUCUUUCUCUGGAUUUUCUUACUCUAAAGAUGGACUGUUAAAGUCUUCCAAAAUUCAGGACUCAAAAAAGGAGUUUAAAAAGCUUUCAGUGAAGCUUUCAAACAAAUCUUUGCUGUAAUAUGUCGCUCUAUAAAUCGGACGAAUCAGUAGCUGUGUUUACAUGGGCAUAAAUAAUCGGAAUAAAUGCCCGACCGCAACAAAAAUGCAUCAACAUGUCAAUCGGAAGAUUCUGAUCCGAUUUCGCUCAAUUGGAAAGAAAUUGUAUUCCGGGGUGUUUUAUGCCGAUCAUUACUCCGAAACUCGUCCAUGUCAACACUUAUUCCAAUCGUGACUCUCUUAUCAACACGCUGGCAUAAAACACAACCGCAGGUGCCGUGUCUGCUCCUCUGGUAACAUAACAAGGCGUACAUACAGCGUAAUGACGUCAUAUCUGCACGCACAGUACAACUUUUGACAGAAUAGUAAAAUAAGUGAGCAAGGGCGCCAUCUAGUGACAACAUUUAACAGGGGGAAAACUCCUGAUUGGAUGGAGCAAGCCACUAACGGGUUUUUUGGUUUGUUAACAGCAGAGACAUAAAUACAACUCCUCUUCUGCGGUUGUUUUAGCGAAAUCAGACAACUUUGUGCAUGUCCAAAUGCUUCUAAUGUGAAUAAAGUUUGGUGCGUCAUACGUCAUGAUCGGAUUGUUUGACUUAUUUACUUUUACUACCCAUGUUUGAAUAUAGUGUGCUGUAGAAAAACAGAAAACAGUCAAAGAAGAAUCAAUGUGCGUUAUUUUGAUUUCUGGAUUUGUUUUCUUUAAUCAGAGAAGAUGUGAGGAUCGAAUCAUGUAAUCUUACUCAAGAAAUACGCUGCCAGCUGCUGACUGUCAGAGCCCAUGUGGUCAUUUCUGUUUUGUAACCGUGCGAGUGCGUGCGUAAGUGCCUCUGCAUACCUGUGUGUGUUUGAAAGGGAGAAACUGAGAGUGAGAAUGAGGGGUCAGCCAGGCUGCAGGCCCAGUGUGUCUGGAGAUUUUCCAAGCGACUGUUUUUUUUCUGAGAGAAACUAAAGAGAAACAGAUCAGGAGAGGGGGCGGCGGGGGGGAGUGUGGAAGGAAUUCAUAUUGGAGCUGCUGUACCCAUGCGCUUGGGCGCUUUCCAAACUCUCUUUUUCAUCGUCAGAAGCUACCUCGUCUGUCCUCUUAUGUUUAAAUCAUGCUGUCACAACACCGGUAACAGGAACAGAGUGAUUUCCUCUCUUUUUUUAAGCACAUUACGGAUAUGUUACCAUCUAUAUGACAAAUUUAAUAGGAGCACAGCAAAAGGUUAUAUCCAAACUUGUCCAGAACUUCUCCCUUGACUCUCAGUUUGACUCGUCUUUAAUAUGAUUAGUGGUUGCACGGUUGUGAUAUAGAGAGAAAAACCCCAGAAACCACAAAAAUCUCCUCUAAGGUUCAAACUAAAACAAUCUAUUUUCUGAUAAACCAUCACAGGAGUGUAACACGUUCAGAUUAGCUUCAGGAAGGUCUCAGCAGCUGUGACUUUUCUCUGUUUUCAACAGUCAGCCACCUCUACGGCUUCGGUCUGAUGGACGCUGAGGCCAUGGUGAAGGAGGCGGCUCGAUGGAAGCAAGUCCCUCCACAGCAUGUGUGUUUGGAGAGCGCAGACCGCCAAAUCAGGUAGGACACAAACACGAGCACCAAGUGAUAAUCUGUUCAACAAUUCAAGAAUAACAAGUUAUGAUUUUUCAGUGCUAAAAUUUUAGCCUCUUAUGCGAUCAAAAAUCUUGUUUUUGCAGCGCUGAAAAGGAAGAUUUUUAAAUUGGCUUGAAAACUUUCCUCGACCAAGUUAGUUUUUUUUUUAGCUAUCUAGGAGACAAAACAUGAUGGAGUAUCUUGCCCCCUAACAGGAAGGCUUUUAAGGUUUUUAGUACCAUGUAACUGAGAUCAUUCAGUCUCUCUACCAUGAGUAUUGCUGAACUGACAGUAGACUGACAGCUGGGAAUGACGUUACACCCGAGUUAAAGUGUUCCAGUUAACAAGUUGGAAACCAAGAUGAGCGCCUACAGUUAGCCGUUGUCAGUGGUUGUUAGCUGUUGUUAGGCUAUAUCAGUUGUAAAUAACGCAUAUCACAGUAUUUUACUCUUAUAAACACCAUAGCACAGACGUUAGGCAGCACAACAUAUAUCACUUAUUUAAUUUCACAAAAACAAAACAGAAGUGCUAAUAAAUAAUACAUUGUGAGAGCUUUCACGAUUACUCUUUACUGUUGAUGCACUGCGCUGCCAUCUUGGAUUAUGAAAUCCGAGUUCAGGGGUGCGUUGUAGAUGAAUUUCCAACUCGGAGAUCAGAAACCCCGACUCCUGAGUACAACUGGAACGCAGCAUUACUCCUCUUACGAUUAAAAAAAAAAAACAAAGCAGCUGAGAAUCUGACUGACAUGAAGAAAUGUGGGAGUUUAUAGAGUUUAUUUACUUUUAGCAGAACAUUAAAAUCCAGAUAAAGGAUAAAAGAGCAGCAUAUGUGUUGAAACAUCCUGCAUAUCUUAUUUCCUGGGUGUUUUAUGCACUGGUAUGUGUUGAGAGUGCGGUUGUGCAAGCUGUACCUUAAUAGGGGCCAAGCAUUAGUUCAGGCAGGGUGGUUCUCACAUAAGACCUUUACUACACACACACACACACACACACACACACACACACACACACACACACACACACACACACACACACACACACACACACACACACACACACACACAUGCAAGAAGAGAGCCAGAGCUUCACAGCUUGUUAUUCUUGAUGCAGCUGGAAGUCUGAGCACUGUUCUGUGUUAGGCGGGCGGGCUGGCUGGCUGAACUUGGGCCCUGAACUGGUUUGCUUUCAGUCCAAGGCUCGGUGGCCAGAGACUGCAGCAUUAUCAGUGUCAUUCUGUCUGUUCUGCUCCACUGCACGAGUCAGUCCAUAUGAGGCUUAUGUAAAGUCCAGCCUGGUGUCAAAGGCAGUCCAACAGCCAGGUCUCGACUCACGUCUAACAUGUGUUGACUUACGGAGAGUUUCUCUCUCUCUUAGUGCUGGAAAUAAAUAAAAACAACCCUGUCAUUUUAGCCUCUUUUUUUUUCCAUGUGCGGUGUGUUAAUGAGCAGACUUAAAGAAGUGUGAAAUGGUCAGUCACACAUUUGUUCAGCCACUGGGAGUUUAAGCCUUGUUUAUAAACAGAAUUAGCUUUCAUCUGUCCAGCCAAAUGACAGGCCUAGAGGCGAAGGCACAAACAUGGGCCAUCAGCGGGAAACAAAAAGGAUUCCUUUAGCUUUUGGAAAGAAGACAAAGAAGUUGUGAAAGUUUUAAACGCAAAUGAAUUUUCAGAUCGUCCUCAGAAGCCUGCACACUCUUCCGAAGUUAAACUGUAGUUGCAUUGACUUGUUGCUCGCUCGCAUCGCGGCUGUCUGACAGUUUUUUUCCUUGAGAGUGUUUAUGGGUUUUUUGGAGGCAUGGCUGUGGCGUAUGUGUGUCUUUGCCUCUAACUGGCUCUGCAAGUGCAGCCGUCACCUCUUUGCUGUGUUCCCACACACCCUCUGGCUGGCCCCUCUGACUGUGUUCGGUAAUGUCUGUCUGCUAUCGCUCGCCUCACUCCACUUGGAGCACGCACCAGGAAAAACGGUCUGAUCUGUGUGCAAUCAGGCUGGUGGUAAUCAGCUGUGCAUCUGCUCGGCGCUCCGCUCCCAUGCGUACGCUUCACUUAUCUGCGUCGUGUCAUGGAGAAGCCUGAGCUGUGAUAUCAGUGCUGGACUCCCUGACCACUACAGCUGUCUGCUUUCCAAACAGUCAUCCGCUUCUUGUGAAAGAGACGUCAGAGAGUUUUCUCUCUGUUUUUCAUUCCAUCAUGUCUGUGUGAGCUCAUGGAAUUUAUUGUGUGUUUCAGAGGGGAUUGAUUAAAUUGUUUUCAGUGACUGUAAGUCCUUUAAGUAUUAUGUUAGCUGGCCCUUGUUCUCAGUUGUAAACCUGCCACUAUUCCUAGAGUAAAACAUUUAUAACGCAUAUUUGAGUAGUUACUGCCCACUACAGUUCUCUACUUAGUCUUAAACUUAUCUAUUCAGAGUGUAAGAGGAGAAUACAAAUCAAUUAUAGUCAUGUGGCAAGUUAAGAACAAAUCAUUAAAAAGCAAUAACAUUAAAAGGAUAUUCUGGCGUAAAAUUAAUUUAAGGUCAAACACACUGUAACAUCGAGUUAGACACCCCCUCCAGAGAUGAAUGUGGCCAACCGCUUGCUUCUCUUGUUAUACCAACUUUAGUAACGACCACACGAUAGCAAUACAGAGAGCCACGCGCUCAACCAAAACGCCACUCUAUAGCCACAAAUAAUGCUCAGAACUGCACCUAACUUCAUCAACAGUACAUAUAGGGUCCCAGCCAUAGUACUAGCCACUAAACAUCUUUUUAACUUUGCCUGAUUUCUUUAGCAAAGAGACUAAACACAACUCACCUGCUCUCUUCCAGCAGCCGCUUGUUUGUACGGAGAUCUCAGGCGAGUCCAUUACUUCAGUGGGGUGACGCAGCUCAAGGAAGAACAUUUAUGAUCAUUUCUUCAUGGAAAUGCAAUCAGACCGAGACACUCAGGCAGAAGAACUACUGUGUCUGCAGUGCAAAAUGAUUAAUAUGGUGAUUAUUACUUAAAGGAAAUGAUAAAGUAAUGAUCAGAAAUGUUCUUCCUUGAGCUGCGUCACCCCGCUGUAGUCUGUAAUGGCCCUGCUGGAAGAGAGUAGGUGAGUUGUGUUUAGUCUCUUAGCUAAAGAAAUUGAAUUGAUGUUUGGUGGCUAGUGCUACGGCUGGGACUCUUAAUGUACUCUUAAUGAAGUUCGGUGCUGUUCUGAGCAUUAUUUGUGGCUAUAGAGUGGCGUUUUGGUUGAGCGCGUUGCUCCCUGUAUUGCUAUCUGCGGUCAUUACUAAAGUUGGUAUAACUAGAGAAGCAAGCGGUCGGCAACAUUCAUCUCUCGAGGGGGUGUCUAACUCGGUGCUACGGUGUGUUCGACUCUAAAAUAAUUUCACGGCGGAAUAUCCCUUUAAACUUAUCUAUUCAGUGUGUAAGAAGUGAAUACGUUUCGAUUAUGUGGUAAGUUAAGGACAAAUCAAUAAAAAGCAAUAACGUUAAACCUGUUGUCCUUUCACAAACAACAAGGUGUUUUCUCUUUUGGCAGUAAUUAGUCCUCGUCUUUUUUUCACUGCUAAAGAUGGUCCGACUCAGAGAGGGUUUUAUUUUUUUGUUAAAGAUAAAUGUCUGUGCUGCCUGGUUUUGGCUGGAGUCGUGUCAUUUCUGUGUUUAUAACCAUGACAAAUGGGAAUUUAACACAAUGUUUUCCAUUAAGAGAUUGAACCACACAAGUUACUGGCAAUAAUUUUCUUCCAACCUUGCAAAAGGCUCAUUGUAGUAAUCCUUUUCUAUGAUAUUUUGCCAGCAAGUGUAAUUCACCAGUUUGUUGUCGUUUCCAGAGAAUAAUCCAGGCGUGUAAUCCAGCACCGCUGCGAGUUAAAGCGUCAGGUUGGCUCAGUGUAACUCGGCAGCAAUACAUCACUCUUUCUGCAAAAGCCUUGCUCUGGCAUGAUUGUAUUCCUGUCCUUUCAACUAAACCUGCCUGUUUUUUUAUUGUUAUGAUAUUAAAUCAAACCGCUGAUGUUAUUCAAUGAUUCAUAAGUUGUUUGUGUUGGCUCUCCGAUGGUGUUUCUGCUGCUGAGCUGUGCGGAGCAGACAGAACCAAGAAUGCUCUUUGUCUUUCUUAUCAAACUCUUCUGAUUUCUUUGGCUCACUGAAGUUCAGGAAAAGAAAAAUAUGGACAGAAAGGUCCCUAAAUAUGGCUUUCUUUGGCUGAAAGAAGAGGUUAAAUGAGAAGACGGGUUUUUGAUUUCUCUUAAGGGUGACUCUGGGCUAGAAAUGGAUAUCUUCAAUUGUUUUUCGCAAACAGGAUAUUUGGCAAGAGUGCGGGUUCACGAUGGCUGAGGACACUGAGAGUGACAACCAACAGCUUAAUUUCAUCAGCUUUAUGUAACCCUAACUUUAACCAGCUGUCAGACUCCAGUUUAAAAUGGAAAAUAAGAGCUAUUACAAGUUUGUUGUUUCAAUUACUCAGACCCCCUGCUUUGCAAAGUAGAAAAACACCGCGGUUUGAAAGAGUGUUUGAAAAAUCUUUAAGCUAUCAGAGUAAGUUCAUCCAGAGCUAAUCCUGUCUUCUAUUCCCUCAUGUUUCCUUUUCCUCCAGAACCAUCCGUCCAGAGCACGUGGUGCGAUCCGUGUACAAGGCCACGGGAUGCACCGACAACCCCAACCACCAUGUGAUCUACCUGGAGCACGUGGUGGUGCGGAUUACGAUCACACACCCUCGUCGUGGAGACCUGUCAAUCAACCUGACCUCGCCCUCAGGGACCAAGUCUCAGCUGCUCGCCAACAGGUAAAGAAGCGGCGUGAUACUUGAUCCUUUUUAUGCUGAUAAGUCUGCAUUUACUUUAAUGUUAAAACACUUCUACAAAGACUUCUACAAAGUUCAGUAAAGGUGCUUGUGUCUUUCUGGUGUUUAUGAUACUUCAGCUGCUUCCUCGUCUCAUACCUUGGUGGUAUUUUUGUGUCUGUGUGUGUCUGUGUGUGGUCUUGAUCUGCAGGUUGUUUGAUCACUCCAUGGAGGGCUUUAAGAACUGGGAGUUUAUGACUACACACUGCUGGGGGGAGAAAGCAGCAGGCGACUGGGUCCUAGAGAUCUACGAUUCACCCUCUCAACUCCGCAGCCAGAAAGUACCUGGUAUGACAGGCUUUUUUUUUGUGUUUUUUUUUUAAUCAUAGGGAAAAGACUCAUCAGCUCAUGUUUCUGUCAUACUUAACAGAUAUUUUAUAGAUGAAAAGGUGUCUCGACUGAGUGCAGGACCAGUGCAGGAGCACACAUGUUACUCAGGAGGCAGUGAACUUUACUGCUCCAAUGACCCACUAAUUUAACAACAUAAUAAAGUCUCAGAUGGAGAGCAGCAGUUCCUAAAAAGCUGUUAUGUUAGUCACUAGAGUCCGAAUUAGUGCCGAGGGACAUGUGAAUUGAUAACUAACUUCUGUGUGGUAGCUGAAAACAAACAAUAUCUUUUAAUUUAAUUUAGCUUUAAAAGAAGAACUUCUUCAACAUCUGCCAAGAGUUACUCAUCUGUUUCUUUUGUUUUGGACCUUAAUGGCGACUCAGUCUAUGACAUGUAAAAAUAAAUAGAUCUCAGCUGCUUAUUAUCAUCUUAGAGUAUAAAAAAAAAAAUGACUGGACUGACUUUUACGAUGCGUCUGUUUCCUCAGGCAAGCUGAAGGAGUGGUCGUUGGUGCUGUAUGGCACUUCUGUGCACCCGUACUUGCGCAGCGAUAAGCCUCGCUCCACAGACAUGCUGCCUCUGACCGAGGAGGAGUUCUCCGAGGAGUACAACGGUGGGUGAUAAAUCCAAAGCAGUGCGCAGCAGAAAGUCAGCCACAAUAGCAAUGAAACAUAAAUCUUUCGCAGCCACAGCUUUUACCUCCUUGUCACAAGGACGGUAAGUUGUCAGGUCACAUUAGAGAUAAGAGGGGACCAUAAAUUGGAAAUAAUGGGUUUGUUAAAGUCAGUUAUUAGUCCAUAAAAUGUAUUCCUACGCUCAUCACCUCUUCACUUUAUCUCUGUCUCGGUUCUUCAGGCCCCUGUGACUCUGAGUGCAAUGAGAACGGCUGUGAGGGUCCCGGACCCCAUCACUGCAUCAACUGCCUCCACUACUUCCUCAAGUUUAAGAACAACACCAGGUCAGACUGCCGGAGAAAAUGAGUUCAUGUUGUGUGGAAAAUCGUUUACUAUUAAAAAUGAAUGUAAGACAACCGCUGUAAACAGAGAUUUGGUAACCCUGGCAAAGACUAUCUUUAUUUUCUUAUCCAAACUAUAAACUAUAAACUUUAUACAAAACUUAUUUUGUUUUUAGUUUCGCAUCUGAAGCACAAAAACACAGUCUCUUGUCACUGUGCUCUCAGUUCCCCCGUUUCCAGCAUCUCUGUUUUUUUCAGUGUCGCUUCUCCUUCAAAGACCAAAUGAAAUCAAGAAGGAUCGAUACUUCCCAUAUUAUCUCCAUAAAUGAUAGAGUACAAACAGACUUGUAUUUUCAAGGGUACAAUUUUCAGCUCUCAGCUGCUGCUAACGCUAAGGCAUGAUCACUUUCCCGUGAUUUCAGGUUUCCUUUGUAAACUUUCCUUGAAUAGGCGCUUAUACAAGUCAUUCAGAAAAGUUUAAACCUAGCAACAGUAAGAAGUGCUCUGAAAUGGAGGUCUUUGGUAUUAAAACACCUCGAGUGGAUACAGGCCUUUAAUUGGUGAAAAUGGAGUAUCAUCCUGGAAACCAACAACGCUGUCAGAAUGUCUCUGUGUGAUUUCUGGUAACUUACUUCUUCUCCUGACUUUUGAUCACAUUAAAUCUUCUAAAAAAAUCAGAGUCGGACAGCUUGAGAUCAGAUGUCUUUCAUGAAUGACAUAAAGUUAAAUAGACAUGACUCACAUAAUUAAGAGCCAGUUUGUGCAUCUUAAUAUCAAAGCUACAGAUAGAGGAUCAGUCUGGUCAUUGUUCCGUUUAGUCCUCUAGAAGUGCAGACAAAUUGGGAGGGUUUCAGAAAGUUUUAAGCAGGUAAAUUGAAUACUGCUGCACGGCAAUUUACUGAUAGCUUGAGUACAUCAGCUCAGGGCCUCAAAGACGCUUAUACAAUGGCUGUGUUUGUAUGACUCACUGCAGAAAAUGUACUCGUAUGAUUUCUGAGUUUUCAAGUAAGCGACAAAGGAGGAAAAACUUUUAAAAACUUUGUAAUUUGGCUUUUAAUGGAUCUUUGAAAUACAGGAAAUACAAAGCGGCUUUAAAUUCUCAUCAUCAUAAGACCAUAGUUUUGUCAUUAGUCAUGAAUCGUCAUCAUCACCUUAAACAUCUUAAACUGUCCACAAAGUUUCUCAUGAUUGGAAAAGGACUGUCUGACUCAGAUGUGGUUGGAGUCCGGUUAACUGGGGCCGUGUUGUGAUGGGAGUACCAGGCGCCUUUCAUUGGCUAAGCAGACUAGUCCAAAGGUAGAGUCGACCUGGAUGAGGGAUUUGAGUUUGGCUAAGCCCUUUUUUUGUUGUUGCGAAAAGUAAAACUUUGAACGUGAUGCAAGCAACAACUGGAAGCCAGCGGACAAAGACGAACAGCAGAGGUACAUGUGCUGUUUUUGGGUCGGUUGAAGACCAGACACGCUGCUGCGUUCUGGAUCAUCUGCAGAGGUUUUGAAUGUUCAUGCAGAGAGGCCUGCCAGGAAGGAGCUGUAGCUGUAGUCAUUGAGUGAUGUUACAGGGGUCUGUACCUGGAGACCUGCUGUUUCUCUUUCACGACUACAUGAAUCAUCGUUUGGUUUUUGUCAUGUUUUGACCCUGAGACGUGUUUGAGCUGUAAUCUUUGCUCUGAAUUCAGGAAAGUGACUCAGAUUUGAACAUGUUUCAAAGUAAAAGUUCAGGACUUGUCUCUGUUAUUUGCUCCAUUACUGUGGGUACGGUACAUAAUGGAUGUAGAUGGUUUCCUAAUGGAUCAGCAGGUCUUACAACAGAGAUGGUGUUUCUGUGAGUGAGACUGUAUUCAGCCCUGUGCGUGUGAACAUGUGUGUGACGGUGUAUUCGUAUGUGUAUGUGUGUGUUCACAUUUUUGUGUGCCCUUAGGAUCCCAUUAGGAUCAAAGUCUGUAGUAAUUGCCUUUGUGUCGGCGGUCUCUGCGCUAAUAAAAGGCAAACCAAUGCAGGUGCAUGAGAACGUGUGAGCUUAGCCGCUGCCUUAUCAUUAGCUCACUAUAGAGGUGUGCUGCCCUUUUCUGCCACCACAGGGAGCAAUUGAUGAAUGAAGAUAGGGGGAGUGGUGGGAGGAAGGAGGUGAGGCAGUGUGAGUGUUUAAUGAUCCCAUAAUUACAUCCUUACAUACAUGUUUGAUGGUCAGCACUUAGCUAAAGGUGUCUGUGUGAGUCUGAAGGGCUUCUGCUUCACUUUGUGUCUGUGUUUGUGCACCAGCAGUUUGAUUAGCAGUUUAUCAAAAUAGACCAAAGUUUGAUAUUCUCUUUUAAAAUAUCAGUGUUUUCUCUUCAACAAUCAUAAAACAAGUGGGAAACAUCACUUAAUUAUUGCAUCUAUUAUUAAAUAACCAAACUAGUAAAAACGAUCGUAUGCAUCCAUUAAAAAUAACCGUUUUUCUGAACAGCAGCAACAACCCUGAAUGUACAACAAGAGAGACAGAACUGUACAGCAUAAGGUCGAUAUCUUUUCAUGCACUCGCCAAUAUUAAGUUCUUUGUAAAUGAGACAACAUAAAGACCAGGAUUGAAUGUACAACAAACGCCGCGCCUGAGAAUAAGUCAGAAAUUUCCUUGGAGUUUCUUUCACAAGUUUGAUGUCAGUGACCGCAGCGGCGACAGACAGCGUGAUCAGAAACAUGCCGUCUGAAGUUCUCACUUUGAGCUGAGAUCUUUUUGUGCAGCAGAUUUCACGUAUUAUCAGUUUCUGAAUAAUCAUUUCAGCUAAAGAGAAACGUUCUUGAAGCUGGAGGACAAACUCCCGGCGUGUGUGUUUGCGCACACGUGGAGCGGUUGAUUCACACGUGCGAAAUGUGUGUGUCUUGGCGGAAAACUGAAGCGGGGGGACUGAGGUUUGCACACAUGUGCGUAUAUGUGUGUUUGUGUGUGUGUGUGUGUGUGGACUUUGUGCUUUUGAGGAAUUUGGGAAAUCUUUUAACAUUAGGAAGGGAGUUUCAGACUGAAAUGAGGAGGUGACAGAGGAGAAGUUAUCCGACAGAUGCUACACCUGUUCACCUUAAAGCACACAGACACACACAAAAAAGUACACACACACACACUGUUUCUGUUGGUCAGAAAUAAUAAUGAGAAAAGUGAACAUUAAAAUUUUUGUUAUGAAAAAUGAUCUCCUAUCAAACCGUAUUUUACUCCAGCUUGGAUUUAUUAUUGCUCACAAUAUACUGUGUUUGUAAUACUACUACUCAAGAGACCUCUUAUUCUGCCAGGCAUGUGUUUCACAUUAUGAGCCUGCUAACAGUUAAGCAACCAAGCUUACUGAUAGGGCUUAUUAAUUUAGGAAAAAGGCAGAUCGAUCUUAUGUUGUUCUCUUUUUGAGCGUCUUUAAGUUCCACUUUGGCAUUUGACACUCUCUCUCUCUCCCUCUUUAUUUCUCUCUUAUCUCCAGGAUGUGCGUGUCUGAAUGCCCCAGCGGCUUUUUCCGCGAUAAUAAGCGCUGCAAAAAGUGCUCAUCCUUGUGCGAGACCUGCGUUGGCAGCCGCAGUGACCAGUGCACCACAUGCCGGACUGGUUUUCACCUCAACGAGGGAUCCAACACGUGUGUGGCCACAUGUGCCGAAAGCUUCUACCUCGACCAUGGUGAGAUUUAUUGUUGACAGAGCUGGCCCUUUGACUUUCAAACAACAGCACAUGAGGAAAUAGUUCCUGAACUCUUGCUUUUCUGUCUUUGUUCGAGGGUCCAAAUAAAUAUCUGAGCAGGACCUGAAUCAUGAAGAAACUGGUCUUAAAUACAGUAAAACUGCUUCUUUCUUGUCUUUAUGAACUCCCCUGUUGAAAACUUUGACUCUCGAUUUUCAAGAUGAAAACCGAUGAGAUCUUUGAUUUGACCACAGGGUUUUAAUAAAUAGAGCUGUACAGUGGUGUUAGUAAACAGUUGCUGCCUUUUAUAUUUGCCGGUAUGUCUAAUGUUUAUCGUGUUUACAGGCUUAGAUGAAAGGGAGGCAGAAAUGAGAGGCUAAAACUAUGUAUAUGUUAUAAUUAUGUCUCUGGAUUGGUUUGCAGCCAGCAGUGUGAGCGCUGGCAGAUCUGAGAGUCUCUGGCAGCAGAUCUGUGAUCGGAUCCAAGUUCAAUCAUAACAUUUUAACAGGCCAAGUUGUAGUGGAUACCUUUUGCUUUUGAAAGCCCUGGCACCGGUGAGCUUUUGUUGUGUCAAAUUAGCUGUCGGAGUCAUUUUCUCUUUGUUAGUCGGAAAGAAAGCCAAGGAUUUACGAGCACAUGGACGACACACGUCUUUAUAUCUGAGAUCACUUUUGUUUAAAGAUGUAGUUGCGGUUGUUUUCCUAAUCAGGUGGGUGAUUUGACUGCUAAGCUGAAAAGUAAAGAUCUAUGUGUAUGUGGAAUAUUUUUCUUGAUCAGAUCAUAAAUGAAAUAUUUUACUUUUGGUUCUCAGCUUAAAAAUAAAUAGAAUAAAGUAAACCUGGAGAAGCUGUACAGAACUGCAUUCCCUUCUCUGUUUUUUAGUCCAUUUGAUGAUGAUUUAUUCCUCAAAAAACCACACCAAACAAUCUCCUCUGAUAGUAAAUGAAUUCUCAAAUCCUUCUGUGGAGGUAUUUUCAUAAGUAAGGAGAGUUUUCUGAAAAUGAUGGAAUAAAACAUUGUGUUCAGAGAAUUUUAUUGGGUUUUUACACAGAAAUAAAAGAUUUUGAUUAAAAAUCUGGUCCCCUCUAGUUUCCACAAUGAUGAUAAAACAUUUAAUGUAUUUUUUUGGCCAAACUUAUCCUUGCUGGAGGCAGGAGCGUCCACAUGUGUUGUGUCAAAGCGUGUCAUUGCCUUUAGUCUGCCUUUUGAAAUAUUCAUCGACAUUCCUGUCCUCCCUCUCCGACUCUUCAAUCUUCUUUUUCAUCCCCACAGCGUUAGCCUUUUGACAUUUCCGCUCCCCCCUCCUCUCCGGUCAUCCCUGCCUCUUCCUCUAUAUCUCUCUCUCUCUUUCCUCUGCUUCUUUCCUUCUCUCUCAGUCUACACCUUCUCCCCCUCCUCCUCUCUGUUGUUGUUGUCUCCUCCUCUUCUGUUUCUUCAUUUCAAAUGCAAGAAAACUGCUGGUUUCCAUUAGCCUUCGUGUGUGACCGGCUUUUCUGUGUCUUCCAGAUUCCAACAUUUGCAGGAGAUGUCCAGAGAACUGUAAGAAGUGCACCACCUCCUCUGUCUGCACAGAAUGUAGACCUGGCAUGAGGUAAGCUGGGAGUCCAAAUGAGCAAUGUCACUGAGUUUAAAACACUAAGACUUCUGGAGAUUUGACAGCAAGUUAUUGAAUUGAAACGUGUGUUGCAAGAAGAGGUGCGUUACUUGUUCUAAGUGGCUGUGAGGGAAAAAUAAUGAGUAAGCAAAGCAUCUUAAAGGCCCGAAAUCGGCCAAGGAACCAUGGUAACAUAUGCUGAACACUUAACCUACACUUUCCAUAAGGCUGUAUUCAGUGUUUUACUUCUGAACCUGCUGUUUCGCUCUACCCUCUUUAUGACAGAGAAUUAGUGCCACAUUCAAGAUUAUUAUUACUAUCAUUUUUUCAUAUUUAAAAAAUAACUUCUGUCAUUUUCUCACUAGAAUAAAGUAAAAAAAAAAGAAAGUUGUAUUAUAAUUAUCUGAGAUCAAAUGCAGCCAUGAAAGUGAGAAAAAUUAUUACAAAAAUGAAGCAGUACCUAAAUUAGAAAAUACCCACACUGAUGAAAAUCCAGUUUUUCUUGUUGUCUACAUGUUCAUAUGACACUUUCCUGAUGCUACAGGGAAUAUCAUGGGAAAACUAAAUGCGUAAUUGCAUUUCCGAGUAUUUCUGCAUUCAAAUAGCCAUGAAUCUCUGGCAGAGCCAAACGACCGAUACAGAAACAGUGAGAUUUCAUACGUAGCAAAUCCAAGCUCCGCCUCCAGAGCUCCGCAAUGUUAGGCUACAUUGAGCCUGUGUUGUCUCCGCCCACGACUCAGAGGUGAAUUGCUAAUGAGCUAAGCCCUUGAAAAUGACACAGGUAACAUGAUUUUGGCUAAAAACUUCAUAAUUACAACUUAAAAACCACUGAUAACACUUUAAGAAGUAGUAAAAGAAAACAACUGGAGUGGGUCUUGCAUGUUUUGGCACGUAAGCACCACAUUGAUCCAGUAUUAGGACUCUGAAAAGACAUGUGUGGUACUCCCCUAAAUACAGCGUUAUCCUCCUACUCACUGACUAAAUGAACAGCUGUGAAUAUGAUUUUCCCACAGCUUUAUUCCUGUGAGAGAUGAACUUUUUUAACGACUUUUCAAGACUAAUAAGGUGACAUUUUUUUAAGAUCUGUCAUCUUUUUAAGACUUUUUUGAGUCUUGUUUUAUUUGAUUAGAUUAAAUUUUCCCAUAGUUGAUAAUAAUGCUCCCAACAUUAUAUUUGUAUCCUAGUGUGUUUCCUGCACAGUGUAAUGUUUUUGAGAAAGCAGAAAAGAUGCAGUGUAUAAAGAGUAUACACACACACACACGCACACGCACUCAGACACAGAGCGCUGUUCCCUCCGCACAGCUUUGACAUAUACAGUGAUGUGGUUUGGCCUCUGUUUGCUUCUGUUAGCAUUUCAAAUGCCUGCUCAGUGAUGUUGAGACUUAUUCCGGCUCUCCACUCAGUAACCCUUUACACCCUGAGACUGUCGGGCAGCGCUGUAACAAACUUCUGCCGCCAUUACACCUUUGUACUUGUAUGCAUUAUUAUGUCCACAGGAGUGUGAUUCUCGUUUCCCAGUGGGUGUUUUUCAAACUGUGUUAUAGGGGCAUGAGAGAUCCAGCAUGCAAAGACACACUCAGACAUGCCCUGUUGGCUCUGACAUUAUACACUGUUACUGUUUUGCCUCUGUUAUGCCUCUGUUACUACCUAUGAUGGUAGAUUAGUGGAACAUCUUUGUCACACGUUACAAACUGCAAACAGGGGCGUCAGUUUUCUGCCUUAAGCUGGCACACUCUGCGUGUUAAGGUAAAGAAGGCUUGUAUUUCAUAAAAGUGGCUCAUAAUAAUAAGAAAGAAAUUAGUCAAAGUUUAAAAAAGAUGUUUGGUGGCUAGUGCUGUUGCUGGGACCCUAUAUGUACUGUUGAUGAAGUUAGGAGCUGUUCUGAGCAUUAUUUGUGGCUGUAGAGUGGCGUUUUGGUUGAGGUUUGUUUAUGGCUCCUCAGACCGCUGUGUAUUGCUAUCCUGCGGUCAUUUCUAAAGUUGGUAUAAAUAGAGAAACAAGCAGUCGGCAACAUCAAUAUCUCGGGGGGGGGGGGGUCUAACUUGGUGUUAUGGUGUGUUUGACCCUAAAUUAAUUUUAUGCCACAAUAUCCCUUUAACUGCUGGGCUAAGCCGACACCCUGUCUCUUGGCUAGCAUCAGUCACCAUUGACAAUCACUGACUCAGUCCUGCAUCAGGCCUCUACAGAUAGUUCAAUUUUAUCUUCCAGUGUUUUGCUUCAAUGUCAGAUUUGAGGUUUCAUUGUUGUGUUCAGUCACUCCAACACAGCAGGAGGACACUGCUGCUAAUUUAGACCGGCCUUUUGUAUCACACUGGUUUGAGGUUUACAGCAGACCAACAGAAAACCGUGUUUCCUGAUGGUUUUCCUCUUGGGAUCUAUAUUAGGUAACAUGAGUUACUCUCUGUGACCCAGACUUAUUAAAGCCUGAAUACACUGGUGUCAUGCGGAGACCCACAAGAAGCGGAGCAUAUUGCCCUUGUUGGUUUGGGAUCUUCCUUUGAAGAGUCUCUGAUUUAAACCAUUUUGUCAUCCAUGCAGACAUGUUCUAGUUCAUUUUGUGGUCACUCCCACAGAAGCCUCUUCAAACAACUACAACUACACUUGACCUGGCGGAGGAUAGGGGUGUUUCAGAGUACCAAGAUUCCUGAUAGAUCAUGAAAGAAACACUUGUGAAGAGUUUUAAACAAAUUGUGGUCUUGAACUGAGCUCUGAGUGUUGAAUGUAGCCAGAGGUGGAAGUGGGGACACUUGUAAGCCAUAAUUUCCUCUGAGCACUAGUGGGACAUGCACAUGCGCACACAUACACACCUUCUCACACAAUAACACAUACACAGAGUCUCCGCUCCACCACCAUUCAUGGUCGGUUAGGAGCAGAGGAGGAAGAGAGGACCAGACGAGACUGUUUCUGGGAAACGUUAGCUAACGCGGUCCAGCUGUUUUUCAGCUCAGAGCAGCAGCUCACCAACCUGUCCUCACUUUGACUCUACACAACGGACUUUAUAAAACUCUGAACCUACUUUUGGAGUGUAUAAAAGUUCGAACUGACCUCUACCUCUGCAUCUGGUGUUUCCAGAAUCUUUGGUUUCUAUCUGUCACAACAGGAAACUUUCUCCAGCUUGUAUUGAUUCCUGAAUUGGUGAUGCUUUAGAAUUUUCUUUUUGUCAUUCCUCCUAAAUAAAAGUACAGGAGUGAAGACAGACACUGUAGUCUGUGGUGUUUAACACAAAGAUUUGGUAUAUUUGCAUUUAUCAUUAAUAACUGCACAAAUUUUUUUUUUGACUUGAAUGUUACUGGAAUUUUUUAAACAUAACAGAAACAGGACAUAUGGCCAUUCAAAGAAAAAUAUAAAUAUAAACAAACAUUCACAGAGAAGAAAAGCCUCCAUCAAAGUUGUCCAUUUUUUUAAGUGAUGUAAAUAGAUUUACAUUUAUUCCAUUUUUCCCACUUUUGGGUAUCUGUUUCUCGCUGGAGUCGUAGAGCGUGUGUUAGUUUCUCCAUUUGAUAUACCGUAUUUUUCGCACUAUAAGGCGCACCAUCAAUGAACGUGUCUAUUAGCGCCUAUUUUCAUACAUGAGGCGCACUGGAUUAUAAAGUGCAUAAAGCCAAACAAAACAGUCAGAUAAGUCAAACUUUGUUUAACUCAUUCAAUAACUCCGAGAGGAUACGGUAGCUGCAGUGCUCCGACAAGCCAAAAGGAUUUCAAGUGCGCCUUAUAGUGCGAAAAAUACGGUAGUUCUUCCUCCGUGUCCAGCCAGUUUUUCUGAUUGGGUGGAUUCUCCUUACACCAAUUCCUCGUGAUGGCCUUCUUUGAUGCUGCAAGAGGUGUUUCAGUCAAGUAUCUGUCUUCAGUUUGUUUGUUUUUCUGCUUAAGAUAGCCCAGGUACAUUACCUCGAAGGUCAUGGGGAGCUCGUAACUUCCUCCCAGUAGUUCGGUAUUUUCUUGGACUGGCUGCACAGAUUUGAUGUCUCUUUGAAAAAGUCUCCACUUUAUGUCUGACUGUUUCUGUGAAUUUAUGAAUGUGUAUCCUGUUCUUUUCUCUUUACAGUCUUCAAGCCAACAAGUGUCAGAUGACCUGUGACCCAGGCUCGUAUUACAACGGCCACAGAAGGACCUGUGAGCCCUGUCAUCGGGCCUGUGCCACUUGUGCAGGUAGAACUUUGAGAUUUUUUUACAAACUAGCUCCAACACUGUCGGUAACUUCCCUGAUAUGUUUUGUAACUCCUGAAACAACCCUGAAGUAUGCGUGUGUGUGUCUGUGUGCUCUUCAGGCACAGGAAUAGAGGCAUGCACUAAGUGUGCAGAGGGCUACUUACUUGAGGACUGGCGGUGUGUGUCCACAUGCAGCGCUGGCUACUACUUGUCAGAACAGACCGCAGACAACGGGCAGGUUCAGAGGUCCUGUAAGAAGUGAGUCAGCACACCUGCCAACACCUCCACACCACUUUUAGAUCUCCAGACUGCGGAGUAAACAAAGAAAAUACAGAGUCCUCUCCGGGAACUAGAUGUUCUCUCUGCAGUGCACUUCACAGAGAAAAGUAUUUUAUAUACAGUAUUUCAUUAUUUUAGGAUUGAUUUUUAAAAAUGGUGGGAAACAAAUGUACAGGAGGAUAAAAGAGGUGUCUGUUUUUAUCUACCGGUUCUAUAACUUGUUAUUUUGCACAAAAAGCAUGAACACCGCUGCAAAUAUGUGGCACAACAUUCACAGGCCUUCAGAGGAUAACGAUAACAAGGAAAAGGAGGAGGAAAAUCACAUGUUUGAUGACAGUGUGAUGAUGACUUCUUAUCCUCCUGUCUCUUUCAAACCUGUCAGCUUUUAUUUUUAAUCUCUCACUGAGGUAGACUUGCCUCCUUGCUGCUCUUGUCUCCCUCCUUGAAUUAUUAAUUGCUCAUUCGAACCUUUACUGUAUUUGAUUCCUCCGUGCGCUACUGCCCUCUAACUUGAUACUUUAUUGUAAAAGUUUACCUCGCGUUUACACCACCAGGAAAGCAUAUCUAAUAACUUUAUUUACUCGUCUCAUAUCGGCCCCUCCGCUCCCAAAAGAUUCUUUUUAUUUCUUCCAUUAACUUUUUAAUAAUGAUUACGACUCUGUUUCACAAUUUAAUCUUUUUCAAAAGCAUUUUAAAGUUCUUAGCAUAUGCUGCUAACUAACAGACCACAAGAGAGGCCAAAGCAAUAAACUGCUGACUUAAAUGAAAACAUGAAUUAUUCAGAGUAAACAGUUUAAGUCUUGAUGUUGAUCAUAGAAGCCAAAAUAAAGUUAUUAAUCCCUGUUUGUUUAUUAUGUUUGGUCCUCUUCAUCCUUCCUGGUUGUGUCAACACACUUUCCAAGUAAAUUAUACUCACCGAGACGAAAUAAAGGUCUUACCAAAAUGGUUUUCUGUGAUUAUUCAGAAAAAUUGGGAUAUGUUUUCUGAGGCUGAGACCAAAAUAACACAUAAUAUUGUAAGUUUGGAGGUUAAUCCCAUUAGUGAUCCCAUCUGACCUGACAAAGACAGCUGAAUUAUAUCUGAUCAUACCCGUAACUGUGUUUAUUAUGGUGUGGGCUGGUGUCUAACUCUUAUUAAACUGUUGACAGGUGUGAUCAUAGCUGCUUAGACUGUUCGGGGCCUGGGGAGAGAAACUGCAGCAGCUGUAUCAGUGGCUACAAUCUGGAAGCUGGAGCCUGCGUGGUCAGCACCGUCUGCAAAGAUGGUGAGUUGUCAGCUUUCUUCCGUUUGUUUGGGACUUGUCUCACAUGAGCAGAAGUCAUUAUUCAUACAAGUACGGUCCACGCGAAGACAUAGAUCAGGACUGAGUUGAACAGGAAAUGUUUAAAUGCUUUGAAUUCAAAAUUUACAUGUUUACCAAUUAGUCCUAACAUCCUAACAAAAGUCAGAAGCUUCAUUUCUAAGACUAAUUUUCCUGAAAUAAUGUUUUCUUAACAGUAACUGAGCACUGACCUGCAGCCUUCUGUUAUUAGUUCACAGCUUUGUACUAACAUCUUAGCAGGAGCAGCAGGAUUUCUGCACUUCUUAGUUUUUGUUUAAAGACCUUAUCCAUGCUCUGCACAUCAUUAACACACAAUCUUUAUGGGACUGCAAACUUACACCUUCCUGUUGCUUUAGUUUGUGCGACGCUCUCUGCCUUUUUUUACUGAACUACUGAGUCUCAUUGCGUUAGCUGAAAGGUUUUUGAAGGAUCUACUCACUCGUCUCUCAUUCUGGUCUUCUUUUUCUUCUUGCUUGUUGCUCUUUAAACUUUCUGCUCGUUUUGCACGCUGGUUGAAUCUUUUCUAAAUCGUGCAUGCUUGGCUUAUGGAUCUUUCAGGGUGAAUAUUCCCUUUGCCUCUCUUUCUCUUGCUGAGGUGACGGCCUGAUUAUAAGCUUGUAGUGAUGGCUACAAGGUUCAACAGCUUAUAGGAGGUUAAAGCGAAAAAAAUGACUUUAUUAUGUGGCUUUAAUGUUCAAGAUCAUUCUUUUGCAUAAAGUGCACAAUCAGUCUGUCGUACCCUCCUUGUCCUAAAGAAGUGGUACCAUACCGACCACAUUGUUGAGUGGCUUACUUCCAAUUUCCACCGCAUCCGAAACGGCGAUGAAAAGGCCAUAUCCGCCGAUCAGAUGAACCUGUGCUGGAAAGGAAGUCGGGCACAGACACAAAAUAAAACAUCCGGCUUCUUUUCAAAAUAAAACACCAUGCAAAUGAGCGGGGACGAAAAAAUGAAAGGUUUUUAGACAGCAUUUCACCCCAAUGACACCAUGGAUGAGGAGAUGCUGAUUCUAAAAGUCUAGAAGUAGAUUUUCUCCUCUGGAAGGACACAAUCUACUGCUUAUAUGGUUAUAUAGCUAUAGAGACAACUCAUUAUCUUGCGAUUCCCGUAAUCCCAAGUCCGUAAUCCGCCACGAAAUUCGCCUCACAAACGGAUCCAGUAGGAAUUGGCAGAUGGCAAAAAUCGCCGCUGUCCCGGAUGCGGUGGAAAUUCGGGGUUAUAGUUUACAGACUGGUUGUCCAGUUUGGGUUGAAAAUGUGAUACAAAAAGACACAUGUUGUGAUUUUCAAAAAUCUUCAAUUUUCUAAUUGUGUGACUUUUUUUCUCUCUCUCUCUCUUUCUCUCUCUCUCUCUGUUUUCUCUCCUGAAUCUGUUUUCUCUCUCUCUCUCCUGACGUGGAUCCAAUCACUCCUCUGGACUACAAUCAUUUUCCACCUCGAUGAACAUCACCUGUGAUUGGAUGAAAAAAAAAAAAUCUUCCUGUCAUCUGAAACCUCUCCUGACCAAUCACACGGCUCUGCCUGCCGUUCACCUGUUUCUAAUGGUUCUGCCCUGUGUGUGUGUCUGUGUGUGUGUCUGUGUGUGUUUCCAUAUGUAUUUAAAUGGUGUGUGCAUGUUUCCCUCCCUCCCCUUCUACAAACUCCCCCUGUAUCUCUUCUUCCUGGUCUGUGGAAAGCAAAUGAAGAAUCUUGGGCAGAAGGCAGUUUCUGCGUGCUUGUUAAAAAGAACAAUCUUUGCCAGAGGAAAGUGCUGCAGCAACUGUGCUGCAGAACGUGCUCGCAAAAGGGCUGACGGGAUGUACUCACUGGGCGUAAAAAGGGAGUGCGGGGGGGAUGUGGGGGCUUCAGGGGACACCCGUCCUUCUCAAACACCCCCCCUGCCAACUCAUUCACAGUCACAUAAUUUAUAAGAGAAUCUGUGCCUCUUAAAAGGACUGCAUCGGAGGUGCGAUGACAGGACUACAACAAACCUACCUUUUUUCUGUACUGGGACACACACGUGGUCAGGGUUCAAAAUGACUUGCGGGACUUACUUCAAGAACAAACGAGCAAAUGAAACAAAAGUGAAAACACACAAAAGAAUAAAAGUGUCGGUAUUUUGUGACCAAAGCAUCGAUGCCAAAAUAAUUGAACCUUCUUUUUUUUUUUGUUGCCAGUGUAGGAAGCAUAGCUUAAAAACAGGAGCCACUCAGCCUGUGAAUCUUUGAAUAAGUCUAUGUGCAUUUUUAUUUUGGCUCCUCUUCCUCCUCUUCCCGGCGUUAACCACAAACAGAUGGAAAGAGAACAUACAGUAGGGAAGGCCCUGGUUUUUUGCCUGUAAAUAUACGUCACAGGAUUUAAAAAAAUGAAGCUCACUCAGUAAUGUGAAAAUAAUGUCUGUCUGGGCUGACUCUGGCUGUUUGGAGGGAGUUAAACAAAUCGCACACACACAGUUACACACAUACACACCCAUAUAUACACACAUUUCAACACCUGAAUCAGCCACUUUAGGAGUAACCUGCCACAUUAUCACUAUCGCCCGGGAAUGAUGCAUAUUACUGACCAAAAUCACCUCAUUUCAUUUAUUUAAAAACACAAAGCUGCCCUCUGAGUAGUGUGUUUGUCUUUAUCAGUGUGUGUGUAUGUCGGAGAACGCCAUUAAUUCUUAAUGUAAGCCCAGACAGCAUUGAUUCAUUCCAGAGGUACUACAAGACAGGUCGAUAGUCAUUCCUUCUGGAGCUUUCUGCAGGGAAGGAAACGCUGCAGAGAGUCAAAAUAAAUUUGUGGUACUGGGGAUGCACCGAUGACCAUUUCUCACCUCAGAGUAUAAACUUUUGCCCUAAACUGAGCGUCGAAUCCAUCAGUUACUUUGAACAACAAAGCAAAAGAAUUGAGAUUUAACUCAUAUGUGUUACAGACAGCUGUAUUUUAUGUGUUUGCUUUUUUUAUUUGCCAUAUGAACCCCUGUUAAAGGGAAUGUUGUCACUCAAUUAUCCUACUCGUAUCGGUGCAUCCCUACAUGUUACUGUUCUCAAAUAAAAAAUAGAGUUUCUGCUCUUAGUCACUAUAUUGCAAAGGCAAUGCAUAUUAAUGGAAGUGUUGCUCUCUACUUUAAACACAGAAGGUCAAUGAUCGGCACAGAAAAUACUCUGUCAUUCUCAUGUUUCAGUUGCAGGUAAUGGUCUUUGUCAGGCAGACAUGCAGCAAACUGCUCAGGUGUAAGUUUUGAUUUUGCCUCCAGCUCACACUGAUUUACUUCACAGUUUAGAAAAAAAAAGAAACCCAGAUGUCACAUAAGUGAUUUUUGUUUGGUCAACCCAAGAAACAUCGGAAAACAAACACAAGGCAAUCAAUUUUUUUUUCUUUCUCUAUUUACAUGGUAAUUGUUGGAAAAUGAGCCGACAGCAUCAAUGCAGAACCAGAAAAUGUUUCAACUUGUUUCAGCCAAAAAAAACUUCUCGUGUUAUUGGCGAUUGAUGUCAAGACGUCUGCUUUCUCCUCCUGUCCGUCUCUGAACCGUACCUGAUGAAACUCAAAGGUUAUUCUGGUGGUGCUGCUUUCUAAUUAAGAACGGCAAAUAUAAUGUUUAAGAUUCUUAUUGUAUUUGUGUGGGUUUUCACACCUGCAGCUUGAGCAUUUACAGUAUUAGAUGAAUUGUUGUACUGUCACCUGGUUAUGGUUCUUGAUGAUUUGUAAUAAAGAAUGAUGACUCCCUGUUUUGGUUAACAAAAACUUAUUCUUGGUCAUUGUUUAAGAUGACAUGAUUUGACUUUAGAUUGUGUGGUCGUAGGCGCAUCCCUCCCGCCCCUAUAUAAAGCUGUUUUUAUCGUGUACCUGUGACAUAUCUGUGACAAUGCAUUAUUAAUGUUACUCAAAGUCCUAGUUUUGAAAAUCUUUUUUUUUUACUUAAGUGUUCUUAUUAAAAUGUUUAAUCUAUUCAUGUUUCUUUUUUUUUUUUAGUUUAUAAUAAUUCAGUCGAAUCAGUCACGUUUCCUCUGUUUAUUUUUUUACUUUAUGUGCCCCUCACUGCCUUUCCAAAACGUAGAUGCCACUCUCUUUUUCUCAGAUAUGUCUGUCUCAGAGGUUCAUGAAAGGGGAAAAAGCGUCAUUGAAAUUCACACCAGUGCUUUCACACACUCAAGUUUUUCAGAGAUUGAUUUAAUCAAGGUUCCACAUGCCCCAGGCAGGCAUUUAAGGGGAGACAUGGGCGGUCAAUGACAAUUUGUUGGAAGUUAAAAACAGAGAGGCUGCCUCAUUAUAGGUACAAACACAUCAGUUGUUUAUUUAGUUUACCUUAUUUUUGUUUGGGAUAAAAUGGGUCUGAAUGUUGAACUAUAGACGAGGGAAUUUAAGGCCUAUUAAACGUAUUUUUACCAGCAUUGCUUUGCAUGAAUUACAGCUAAUAGAAACCCUUAUUUAUCUUAUACUGGUGCUAAUGAAAACCCUCAUUUCAGCACUGUUUAACUAUUCUUAAAUUAGCUGCUCCUUCGAGGGUUCUGUCAGCUUGUGGUCUCGUGUUUUUAACAAGGAUCUUCAUGGAUCGAACAGCUCCAGGUUGCAGUAUCACUUGAGACACAAACCCAGCUCUUACUGAUCUUUGUUUACGUUGAAGCCAUCAGUAAAUUGGUGAGCAUAAACAGCUACGAUGUGGCUCUUUUGUCCUGCAAACAUAAAAAAAAAAAAUCCCACUGUUUUCAGGUUGGGAAAAGAAAGAAGCUGUGUCUGCUUUUUGCAAUCAACAGAACACUUAGAGGCAACUUCUGAGACUUUAAAUCAACAAAGUGUUGAGCAGAGGGAAAAGGUGGGCUGUGGAAUAAUGGGUUUGUCUUUGAUGGAGUGAGCUUGUGCUGAUUGGACGGCACACCGUGACAUCAGGCUGUGGCCACGUCUUGAAACAAGCUCUGGUGAGAAGCUAGGAAACACUUUCGGGGAUUGCGCCACCAUCUGUGUAUCUCAUGUUAUUGACCUUUGCCGAGAUUUAAUGUUGUCAUACAGCAUUAGUCCAUAUGUACGUAUUACAGUGCAAAUCAGAAUGACAGAUCCCUUCAGGGUUCAGGGAUUCAACAAUGAAGAGCACACUGAGACUGUUGAAGAACAUUUGUAUGACCUACAACUAGAAGGUUUAAACAGCUAUUCAAAUCCGUGAAACCUGCUUAUAUUCAUGAACAAGUUUUGUAUUUUAUUGGGAUGUUCAGAAAAUGUCAACAAAAGGCCGUCUGGUGACCUGAGCGGACACAUUUGGUCAGAGCUCUGGGAAACCGUCCUGCAGUAUUGCCUUUGUUAUUCAUCUUGGCAGCAAUAUUGUCAGCAAAGAUAAGUUACUUCUUCAGGUCAUAUCAUCCAACCAGCAAAAUUCCCAACAAUCCUCUAGGGGGGAAAGACAGACCUUCAGCUACCAUGCCAGCAGCUAAUGCUAAUGAUAAAACCAGCUUGUACGUGGGCACGAAACCAACCAGAGCUCUAGAGGUACUAACGGCAAAUUGUAUGGAUAUUUGCCCUCAAGGGAAGCUGGAGGGGACCAAUGCAACUUAAUUCACAGAAGCCUGCAUGCUAGAGAGGGAUGGAUUACGUUGGAAAGUGGUCACCAAAGGGUUUUACUUACUUGGGGAUCUUAAUCACUUCCUCUGUUGAAGGAAUGCACAGGGCAAGUCUCUCUGAAAAUGUAUCAGAGAUGAUUUAGAUACUCCUGUAUUGUUUUCAGAUGGUCCCAUCCUACUUAGCGCUGAAAUCGUUUCAGAGUUUGUGUGCAUUUAUCUGGGAUAUAAAGAAACAGAGGUGAAAAAGUGAUCGAUUACGGAGGUUUAGCUCUUCCAAAUAUGAAACUUUAUCAGUUGGCUGCAUGACUUUGACUCACAGUAGACUGGAUUAAUAACGACCCAGAGUCAGUACGGCUUGACCUGAAGUCAUUUGAUGAAAAUAAUUCAUUACCAGGAUUUGUAUUCCCACUUGCCUUUAGUAAGACCAAAUCCGUUGCAGAUAGCAACACAGUAAUUAAAACUGCUUUACAAGCAUAACAAAUAAUAAGAAAAGCAGAAGACCGUUCAAACAUAUUAUCCCCUGACUCUUAUUAAAGGUAACAUUGACUCUUCUCCAGUUCGCUCAGAUGGAGGAUUAAAUGUCUACAGAGAGAAAGAUAGGGGGGGUUUUGAUGACAGAGUGAUAUUAACACUCAAAAAAAUAAACACGAGUUAAAUCUCACACUUUUUUUGAUACCUACGAAUGUGAAGCUUUAUUUUCCAUCUAUUCUUUAGAUCUUAAGAGCUGCUUUACUGUCGGUUGCAUUUGUAAUGUAUUGAGUGUUUCUCGUACGUGCAUGAAUGCUGCAAUUACCUGACAUUAACAUAUAUUGUGUGCGACUUGCAUCAGAAAUCCACAAUACAAUAUGAAAGUAGAACUUAAUUAAUCUCUAAAGCAAAAUCCGUAAGCAGAGAAUUUAAGUUUUUGGGGCAUUUGUGUUUUUUAUACACUGUUGUACUAAUAAUGUGUCUCUAUAUGUGGGUUUAUUAGUUUAAAAGUAAAACAAAAAUACAAAGUAAAAAGUUAAUCAGGAAAGAGUUGGAUGCUUUGCUAAUCAUUCAAACGCUUUAUUUGAUUGAAAAUAGUUUAAAAAAAAACCUAUCGACAGUUGAAACUGGAAAAUUAAUUGUUUUUAUGAAAUAUGUAUUUGUUUUUGAUUUCAUUCCAGCGUUUGAGCACAUCUGGGCACUUACCCGUUCAUGUAUCAUCAUGGAUGCCUGCUUUUAAAUCCUGCACUAAUAACAAGCUGGGUGGUCCUUCUUCUCUUUGGAGGAAAGGAUGCUGUGUCAAGAAUAUAUCAAAUUUAGAUUUUUAAGACCACAGAACAGUUUCCCACUUUACCUUAAUCAUCUUAGACAGGAUCAGAUCUAGACAAGUCAAUGUUGUUGAGGUUUAUUCUCUGUUCUGUCCUGCAUUUUUGGAUACAACAAAAAAGAGUGUGUCAUCUCUAAGAAUCAUGUCUGUUUUUAAUGAAAUGCGAAAUAUUCCAACAUGGAUACAUUUUUUAAAACUUCAGUCUGGAAAAUCUGCACUUCCCUCUGACGUUUAGAGCACACUAUCAGGAGAACAGUGUAGUAAGUAGCCUGCCUGUUCUUGACCACCUGUAGGUGACAGUGAGUAUAUCUUUUUCCCUGCUCUCUUGGUCCAUGUCUGUGCAGGUAUCAGGAGGUUGAAGGGCCGGGGAAUUGGGAUUCAGGUGCAGGUGUAGGCGAUGUCAGUGUGAUAUCUGCCAGCAGAGCUCUCUCUCUCUUUCUCUCUCUCUCCUUCUCUCUCCCUCUCUCCUCACAGAGUAGACUGUCAAUGUCCUCACAAGGUCAGCCUAGUCCAUAACAGCGGAAAAGUUUCCCUCCCCAGAGUGUCAAACUCUCUUUUUCUCCCCUUCAUUCUCCUCCGGCCUGCAGUGGGAGUCCAAAGUGUCUGCUUUUGCUGAGUGGAGUUGUGCAGCUUCCCGUCCCUUGAGAACUUGGCUCCCUGUUUGUUUGUGUGCGUGAGUGAGGGGGAGACAAACAGAAAGACAGGGAGACAAUUUGUGUGAGUGUGUGUUUGUGAGCGUUCGAUGUGUGUGUGUGUGAGUGAGAGCGACGGCGUUUAUUCGGGGGCUGUUUGAAUGGUUUCAGCAGAGCUCCGCUGAAUGGGAAGCCACCGCCUGUUGUGUUUGUACACAAAGAAGUUCUUUUGUUUUGAAAGGAACAAUUGAGCUUUUCACAGAGAGCACACACAACCUCGCUGCUGCCUUAAAGGAUGCUAACACACACACAUACGCACACACACACACACACACACUGCUUGGUCCUUAAGCCUGAGCCUGUGUCUGUCACCUUUGUCUUAUACAAAGGUAGGAUAGGAGACAAUAUUGAUGCCUCUUUUGUUUUGGUUCUUUUCACUGCUGCCAAAUGUGAAGCUGAGGGUUGAUGUGUUUUUAAGAACUUUAUUCUCAGUCCUUCAGAAACUUCGGGCACAAUAGCUCAUAACAUUUCGCCAAGUCCUGAGUGACUGUGAAAAAAGUUGAUGUAAUAAUCACGCCACGAAUGAAGAGGUCAUUCUUGAAUUAAUAAUGUAGUGCAUUAGCAAACAUUCAAUAAUAGGUAUACCUGCUGUGUGACAUUCUGCUGAUUAAUGCUGAUGGUGACCCAACAAUUGCUUCGCCAGGUGUUGAGAGUUCUGGCACCCCGACUCAAUUUCCAGCCUGUACUUCAUUUUGAAAUAAAAACUUUCCAGCCUCCGAAGUCCUACGCACAUUUCCGACAUUUUCAGCAGUGGAGGAUGUGGCUGCAGGAAGGCAUUUACUGUAAUGUAAAAACAAAAGGAAAGGUCUCUUGGUAUUGCGACAAAUGUUUUUCACAGUGUUGUUCCGAGGAGUAAUCGCUUGUGUCUCAAAUAUAGUGAGUCGGGACAAAGACUUCCUGACGUUGCCACUACCUGUGCUCUGACAGAGGUCAUUAAAAAGUUGUAGUUCAAGCCUCAACAACAAAUUUUCUGCGCACAAAUGUAGAAGAAGAGAUGUUAAAACAGACUUCUAAAGUAGAAGCACUUGUUCAACUUUACUGAGGUGCAUGUCUGUGCAAAGUUUGAACCUUAAGGCGUAUUUGACGGCAAUAAUAUAACUUAAAAAGGCUGUAUGAUCUUAUCACCUGAUGAUAUAUUAUCUUACAUUGCCAAAUACACCAAGACAGUCAGCUUGUCUAUGUGUAAUCUCCCCACCACUAAUUCUGAUGCCCCACCCUUUAAAUGUAGUCAAACUAAACUUACACAUUUCAAUAAAAAAAACAUAUUUUUGUGUUAAAAUGCCAGAGAUGGAAGAAGUUGUUCCAGAAAUAAGCACUUAAUAUUUAAAGGUACAGUGUGUAGAAAUUGGAAUAAACUGCAGCAGGUUUCUUCUUCACUGGUAGGAGACAUGCCUCUAGAUUCUGUCAAAUGCUGCUAAAUGCAAUAUAGCGUAAUUUAUAGUUAGAUUAUUUAGCUUAAAAAUUGAGGACAGGAUGAAUUUAUUCUGUGUUUCUGAUGUCUGUAGAUCGGAAGUUUUGACGCCUCAUUCUCACGAUAAAAUUGUCUUUUACUCUGUGUUUGUUUACAUUUAACGCCCACAAAAUAACUCAGAGCCAAAUCAACCUCUGGAACAGUAAAAGCACACUAAAAUAACAGAAAUGAGUUUGACAACAAUACAAGGGAAGGACUUUUAAAAAAAAUCAAACAAUAGCAGUCAUACCUGUAAUUGUGCCAGAGAUUUGGGAAGCCAGACAAUAAUGUGCUCAGUGAACGGAAACCCUCAAGUAUUUGACUGCUGGUUUUAAUUGGAUUAAACAACAUCAUAAAGUCAAUGAAGCACUGAGCAAACUCACAAAGCUGACAGAUGACAGAGCAUAGAGCUGAAGCUGUGAGUGACUAUUUCACCAGUCAGAAAAAGUGCUGAAAAGUUUCCUCUUGUUGCUGUCCUUCACUGUUGGGCUGUCCCUGCAGGAGAGUACAUGAGUACACAUCGAAAUUGCCACCUGUGUGACGCUACCUGUGAGCAGUGUUCAGGUCCAGAGAGAGAGGAAUGCACCAGCUGCCCACAGACACGGUGAGGACCACAAAAGUAUAACUUCUAAGGAUGAAUUAAAGAAGAAACUAAAUCCCUCUAAUUGUGAUUUUCUUUAAUGGAUCAUUCUCUCAUGAGCUGCUGAAGCAAACUGCUUAAAAAAAACCUCAUCCUAACCUCACUGCAGGUACUAUGAUGAUGGACGCUGCGUAAUCCGCUGCCCAAAGGGACGAUUUGCGAUGGGAAGGCAGUGUCAUCCCUGUCACCACACCUGCCAGGAGUGUACAGACGAAGGACCGGACAACUGCACCAGCUGUGACAAAGGUGCUCCUUUGACAACCAAUCAGACCUUUUUUUUUCUUUCUUUGUCAUGCCACGAAAAAACUCCAUUGAACAAGAUAAAACUGUAAAACUCAUGAUAAAAAUCCUCUCUUUCCUGUUCCUCUGAAGUGACACAGCUGUCGUUUUGCAGUCAUGUCUGGUGUUUUCUUAAAAAUCCAUCUCUUUUGCUAUUCCUGGAAUGUAAGAGAAAUCUCGCUUUUCUUGUAACAUCGCAUGGAUCAAGCCACGGCUCAUUUGAGCUGGACUCCACUGAUCAAUCCUCUAAAAGUAAAUGGGUCUAAUUAAAGCCGUGAUUCAGCCAAAGGCCUGCAGAUAGAUGUGUGUGAAGGGGGGGGGAUCAGUCAUUUGUUGGUUUUACCCUCAUGCAGGGUUCGCUGUAAAAUCCCUAAAGGAUGAGCUGUAGCUGUAUCUUUAAAAAGCUUAACUUUUUUGGUAAAUUAAGCAGUUCUGUGCGAUCAUUAAAAGAACCUUUUUUUCAUUAGUGUGUAAACAAUUGUGCCAAUAAAACCUGGAUGCCAUUGGAGGCUCACAGCUAAAGAAACAUCAUCAUGAAGGUGGGGCUAAUAACUGUGUUUAUCACGGUGUCACAGACAGUAUUACGGCUGUCAGACUCAAUGUAUUUACACUUGGGGGAUUCUGUUAUACUCACAACACACACUCUUUAAAAUACCACACACAUCCAAGGAGAAUAUUAACACCAGAUUUCCCCCCCACACACACACACACAUUCAAUUAGUCGGCAAGUUUGUCAGACUGUUUGCAAAAUGUGGUUCCAUUUAAUUGCAGGUCUGUCUGAGGCUCAAUGAGACAUAACAAUAAUAACACGAAGAGACCCUCCAUCUGUGUCUUCGCCGUGUCAUUUCUCUCUCAAAACAACCUCUCUUAUCUUGGCCAGUCAGUGCACACACACUAAUGCGGGUGCACACUGAGCAGAUGCUUGUUGAUACUGACCUUUGACGGUCAUGUGGAGUUUUACACCCCUGCUGUGUCUGGAGGGUAGAAAGAGAAAGAAAAAAAAAAAGGAUGGAGAGGAGCGUGAUGGUGAAGAAGAUGAAGAGUGACAUGUUGGAUUGAAGUGUAUGUGUCUAUCUCUCUGUCUUUUUCUAUCAUAUAACGUCUUUAACAGAUUUCUCUCUUUCUUUGCUCUAUUUAUAGAUAAGUUCGGAGAGAGCAGAUAUCUCUACCAGGGUCAGUGCCGGGACGCUUGUCCAGCAGGGUUCUUCCACUCCUGGAGGAAACGCUGUGAACCCUGUUCGGCCGAAUGCGUCGUCUGUUCAGGAGAAAACCACUGCCUCCAAUGUAACCCCGGACACAAAGUCAAAAACAACCAGUGUGUCCCGCUGGAAUGCAGCCCGGGUGAGAAAUGAGGCUUAAUCAUGUCUGUUUAAUGUCGAAGCUCACAAUGGGUGACAUCUGGAGAGGUAAAAAGUAAGCAUGUUCCUCUCACUCUUGGUAAAUAAAUAAAGAGUGUAGGGAGGACUGUAUUUUAGAUGGCUGCCACUGUGGAUGAGCGCCACUGUCACUAUUCAGGGCUGAAUUUGGCAAACGCCACCUCAGGGAACACGCAUGUAGUACGGUGACCUCAUUCGAAAGCAGGAAAAAAAAAGUGUGCCCAAAAGAGAGUGUGCCAUCUUUAAGAGCCCUUCGCCAGAAUUUAUGCAUGAAAUGACCAAAUAAGAAAGUUUCUGUCCGACUGGCUUCUUUUGGUUCGUGGAAGUGUUUGGAUUUUAAGUGUCAGGUGUGAAAAAUGUGCCGUACAGAGAAGAUAUUUGAACCCUCUUAUGAUAACAGUCCUACUUCAUAAAUAAAUGAGGAGCCUCUGAAGGUUUGGAAAGUUUCAUUAAUAAUGAAACAUUUCCAUGAGGUGAUUCAAGAAUUUCUCCACGAUGCCUUUUAAAUGAAUAAGACUCAAAAAUGAAAGGAGUAAAACAGACGGCUACAAAACUCUACUUAACAAGGCGAAGCUGCCUGCACAGAAACAGAAAAUGUUGCAUAAGGAAGCGGCGUUUGUCGAUUUGACUUCAAUAGGGAAGAUUUGGAGUGUCUUAGUUCUCCAUCAAUUUAGCAGAAAUCAAAAAUCUGACCAGCCAAGAGUCUAACAGUAAGAAAAUAUUCAGAAAACAGUCAAAACUGGGCACUAUUUAGCUAACACAGCUUAAAGGGAUAUUCCGGCGUAAAAUUAAUUUAAGGUCAAACACACCAUAACACCAAGUUAGACACCCUCUGAAAGUUGCUGACUGUUUGCUUUUCUCGUUAGACCAACUUAAGUAACAACCGCAUGAUAGUAAUACAGAGAGCCACAUGCUCAACCAAAACGCCACUCUAUAGCCACAAAUAAUGCUCAGAACAGCACCUAACUUCAUCAACAGGACAUAUAGGGUCCCAGCCAGAGUACUAGCCACCAAACAUCUUUUAACUUUGCCUGGUUUCUUUAGCAAAGAGACUAAAUACAACUCACCUACUCUCUCCCAACAGCCACUUGUUUGUAGGGAGACCUUGGGCCAGUCCAUGAUGGACUGCAGUGGGGUGAGGCAGCUCAAGGAAGAACAUUUAUAAUCAUUUCUUUAUCAUUUCCUUGAAGUAAUAAUCAUCAUAUUAAUCAUUUUGCACUGCAGACGCUUUAGUUCUUCUGCCUCAGCGUCUCGGUCUGAUUGUAUUUCCAUGAAGUAAUGAUCAUAAAUGUUCUUCCUUGAGCUGCGAAACUCCACUGCACUUGGUGGUCCACUCUUCUGAGCUCUCCCUACAAACAAGCGGCUGCUGGAGGAGAGUGGGUGAGUUAUGUUUGGUCUCUUUGUUAAAGAAAUUAGGCAAAGCUAAAAAGAUGUUUGGUGGCUAGUACUAUGGCUGGGAACCUAUAUGUAUUGUUGAUGAAGUUAGGGGCUGUUCUGAGCAUUAUUUGUGGCUAUAGAGUGGCGUUUUGGUUGAGGUGUGCACUUGGAUCCAUAGACCGCUGUCUAUUGCUAUUGUGCGGUUGUUACUAAAGUUGGUAUAACUAGAGAAGCAAGUGGUCGACAACAUUCAUCUCAGUGUUUGACCCUAAAUUAAUUUUAUGCCGGACUAUCCCUUUAACACAUGAAUAAAUACUGUUACCAGAAAAAAAAAAAAUCCAGGCAGUAAAUGUAUCCACGCCUGCUGUGUAACUGUUUUGUUUUUGUCAGUUCAGUUUCUUUACUCAGUGUGGUCGUAUCCUCAGAGAGAUUGUGAAAGAUGAACACAUCGCUCUUUAUCUCAUCCUAUGAGAUCAAAUAUGAAAGGCAGCCAGCCAAAGCAAGGUUGAGAAAGAGCUGAAAUAUUUUGGGUGAGAUGUUUGAGAUAAGGAAGAGAGGUUUAGGUGAGCAGACUCCGCGCUGAAUGUGAGACCGAGGUUAAAAGUUAUGUUGAGAGUUUGAAUGUGAGGAAAUAAAGUUUAUGAGCGGGGCGGGUGGGAUGAAAUUCUUAUUAUACGAGGCGGGCAGGUCACAGCAGGCUCUGCUUACAGCUUCAAGUGUGGAGCAGUCAAACUCCGCUGAGGUGGACACGGGUGGGUCCUCUUUCUGGGCCUUUUCUUAAAUCACAGGAGGAGCAAUGACACCCAAUAGACUGAUGUGUAUCAUUGAUAAAAAACUCAACAAAACACGUACAGAUAGAGGAGCUGCUAUUUUUUCAUGAAUGACAACAAAACUCAUAAUGACUGUAAUUUAGGAGAAGCAGCAGUUUGAUUGUCAUGCUUGUGAAAUUCACAGCACUUUACUCAAAACUCACACUCUUGUUAUGAUGAAUGAAAAAGGAGAAAUCUCAAACUAGCUGAAGAUCAUUUCUUUUACGUCUCUGUGCAACUUUUUUCCAACCGUCUCAAAACUACCUGAGCAGCAUUUUCUCAUGUCUGAUCGAUACUUUUAACCUUCACCGACUCCCGCAGGUAAAGUCGCGGACGCAGAAGAUGAUGACUGUAUCCCCUGUGACGAGGGCUGCAAGCAAUGUCAACGCAGUGAGUAACCUCGAUCACAUCUUUCUUUCCACUCGCUUUCCUGUAUGAAAAAAACUGCACUGCAGCGUUGGCAGCACAGCUUUACUUACCCAGAAGGAGGCAUUACACAUGCCAGAGGAUAAAAACUCGUGAUGCUUAAAUGUAUUCGACUCAACAUGACAUCUAAUUUACAAUUUACAGUCGUAGACGAGGAAAUGAAGUUGAAAAUGAACUUGAAACACUUUUUUGUCGAAGCUCAAGUUGAUUGAAUAAUAGGAAUGAAAUAAAAUUGUAUUUAAAUAUUUUUGCAGGAAUAAUCGAGCUGAAAUCUUACUCGUGUAGGAGGCAGACUUUAUCAUCCCACAAGUACCCACUUCAGCUUUGCGCUGAGCGAAACAAUCUUCUCUAAUCGCUGUUUUGUAUAAGAUUUUUUCCUUGACGCUACUCUGUAACUAGAGACAGAGGAUACAUUAUGAGCCCCCACCCCUAAUCUCGUACCCCCCACCCUUUUCAGUCCAACCUCAUAAAGAGCGGAGCCCUUCCUUCUCCCUGAGAUCCUCUCUGACACUCUCUCAAAGUUGUAUUGUGCUGACAUAGUGUCUAAGGUGGAGGCUGUUAUUAUGUCACAACGCAUUUUGGGUGGAAUAUUUCUCUUCUGUCUCACAUCCACCACCACCACAGCUUCCCCCCCGACACACACUUCACUUCACUCCCUCCCCUCCUCCCAUUCCCAGCACACCCCACCACACACCCGCCCUUAGUAAUCACAAUUCUGCGAGCUAAACAAGUCAGUCAGCAGAUUAGAGAUUUGGGAUAAUUGGCCCUGUGACGCGAUGCUACGGGCUAAAGUGGAGAUGAAACAGAACUUGCAGUGUGAGACGUGUCUAAUAAGUAAGUGUAUAUGCCUUCUCUGCAUCUCAGGAGCAGACACGCCAAAAUGUCCACAUGAAUACCAUAACAAAAAAAGCAUUUACUUUCAUUGCACAUUAUACAGCUGAAUCCGCUAUGCUUCUCAACGAGGAUGAUGCCCACACACUCACACCCAAGCACACAUGCAUAUAUGCAUUAUUGUGCUCCAAAGAUAGAGUGUGAGAAUAAAAAAAGGGUACUUUUUAAGUGCGGUAGUUUCGUUUUGAUAUGCCUCUGUUGGAUCCUAACACUGGGAAGUUGUUGGUCAUGUUGUUCCACAGUCUGAGAUUCAGUGUGCAGGUUAGUUUCUGAUCUGCGUGUCUGUUGUGUGAGAUCUAUCAAUGAGCUCAGCAGCCUGACAGUGUGCGAUAAGACGUGUCAGCCUUUUCUCAGUCCUAUCUCCUUCAUCAAAUCACUUCAGCACACAUCAUCAGCUUCAUAGCCAUUAAUUCUCUCAGCACGCUAUAGAAUAAGAAAAAAAACCAACAUCUCAGUGGUUUAGUCGUGUUUCAAACCUGCAGAGGCCUUGUGUGAUCUUGGAAGUUUCAUCUUUGCACAUGACUCGUGUAGUCUCAACUAUAGGAGCUCUCUCAGGCGGGGUAAAACCACCAGAAUAUAUCUUUUACCUGUGAUAAAACACAGUAAUCCAGCAGCUUCCUCGCUGUGCACGCGGGCUUCUGCUGCUCUUGGCGCUCUCAGGCUUUCCUCUCCUCCAGAGUUGAGCUGUUUUGAUGCCGUGCAGCUCGGUCCUGCUUAAGGAAGCUGUUUUUUUCUCAUGGAUGUUUUGCUUCACUAUAUUCACACAUCUGCUGCCUUUCCCUACAUCCUCUUGAGUCUUUAUGUAUAUAUAUUUAAAUUGCAUAAAUAUAUUACUGUACAGUGUAUGAGUGCAUGUGUCCCGUGAAUGUGUGUUUAAGGUCUUGCACAUUCCACAAAUGCAUACUUCAGGAUGUGUGUGCCAGUUGAAGUUUUGCUCGAAUCCCCCCUCUCCCGGCUUCCACAGUUAAUAUUUAUGCGGGCGCUAUUUUCUCCCUCUUCACAUAGACAGAGCCUGAGGGCAUGAUUUCCGGCUCCUCUGUCCCUCCCACCUUUCCUCCCUUUCUCCUGGUCUCUCUCUCUCUCUCUCUGUAUGAGUAAUUGCUUUCACAGGUAGUGGCUUGUCGACUGCAUUGGAGUGCAAACCAGUGCAGAGUUAAGUUGUGGGUGCUGGAAGGAGAGGUGGAGAGGAAUGGGGUGUGGGGGUCGAUGGAGGGUGUUGUGUGGAGAGGAUGAAUGUCCCAAGGGAGGGAGAGCAGGCUGAGGGGGCUUUUUUCAGGAGUUAUUUCCAUCCUCUUUCUCUUCCCCCUUUUUUUAUCCUUCAAAAUUCACACCCCAUCUGCUUCUAUCCUCUGAUCCCCUCUCUUCUCCCACCCUGCUCUCUGCUCCCACAAUCCCCUGAGUUACUUUGACAUCUCUGGACUGCUCUUCUUCAGCUACUAGUUUGAUAAAAAAAAAGAGGAAUUCACUAAAUCUGAAAGAAAAUUAAACUUUUUCUCUUCAGCAUGACACAGACCUGGAUUAAUCAAAAAUGCACGUUCAGGGACACCUGCUGAACACACAACACAGAAAAACCCACUGAAGCAGCCGCAGCAACAAACGACUGAAACAUGAAAGUGUCUGAAACUUCUCUAAAGACUUUUUCACGUUAAUAAAAAGACGUCAGGUUUUUCCUCUCAGCUGAUGUUUGACCAAGAGUGUCCUUCACCUCUUUGUAGGACUGAGCAGAUUUAUAAAGUGGUGUCAAAGCGCCUCCUGCUGGUGACUACACUCUAUCACAGUGCAUUAUAAGAUUUACACUGAGCAGCCAUAACAUUAGGAACACCUUGGCAGUCUAAUUCAAACAAAUACAGAAGCUCGACCUCUCACACUUCUCUCAGGGAGCUUCUUAUUUUUGAAGCUUUUGUUGACCUGAUCAGAAAAGUUUGUUUUUGUGGCCUUUGUGUCCUCACAGUACAGAUAUUCCUACACUUUUUAGUCACUUUUGAGCUCCUUAUUUCCUGGCACUACGUUUGUUUAUAAUAAUCAAUUUCCUGGAUUUUUUUACUCAAAGAUGAAGAUUUUAGUUUUAACUAAAGAAAGUUUUCUUGAGAGGAGUUGUAAUUUCUGUUCUUCUUUGCAGAGGAUUCAGGAAAUCAGGAAACUGUGUGCCUCAAAUGUGAAGAUGGUUUUUACCAGUAAGUUUCUGUGGCUGAGAGAUUUAUUAAGUCACACUUACAUGUAACAUAUCUUCAUAUUGACACGCUCUGUCUCUGUGUGUGUGUGUUUUUCAGGUUAGGCUCAGACUGUCAUCAGUUCUGUCCAGAUCGUACCUACAGUGUAGAAGAGACAAAAGUGUGCACACCAUGUGAAGACAAAAAGUGCGACAUCUGCGACCAUUCACAGUGCUACUGGUGUGAAAAGGGGUUCUACGUCUCUGGUAACAUAUGAGAUUUUACAUUUUGGGCAGAGUGAUGUACGAGUAUGAGGAUCUAUCAUUAGUCACCAGAUAAAGCUUAAAGUUACACCCAUAGACAUUUCUUUUAAAAGUUCAAUAACUCUAAAGGGGUUUAGUUGAAAUAGAAAGUGUAUUCUUGUGUUCAGAUGGAGAGUGUGUGGAUCACUGUAAGGAAGGUUUCUUCGUGGAUGAGGAGAGCCAGGAAUGUGAGCCCUGUCACCGCGCCUGUCGUACCUGUGGAGGGCCGCAAUAUGACGACUGUGACUCCUGCGAGGAUGGGUUCACGCUGACGGAUGGGAAGUGUUUGGAGGGAGGACAGCUGAUUCUCUGCCCGGAGAAACACUUCAGAAACAGUAGGACGAAACUUACUAUCCACCUCUGAUCUUAGUUUAGGUAGAUUUGAAUUUGAUCAUUUAAUUUGUUUAAUAAGAUAUAUUUACACGUCACCGCGAGGUUUUCAUUGUAUUCUGUAAUCUAUUGUUCCUUCAGCUGGUUUGACAUUUUAUAAAAGUAAUCCUUUCUCAUCUCGUCCUCUUUGUUCUCACAUUUUUGUUAAAAACUCUUAUUUCUGUCUUGCUCUCACCAUCAGCAAAGCAAGAAUGUGAGCGGUGCCAUUCAUCUUGUAAGACUUGCUCUGGAGCAGAAAGGGAGAACUGCACCAGCUGCUUCUCAGGUUCACAUUUUCUCUCUGUUUGCUGCGACCCCACAAAUCACGUAUUUGCUGCGUAAUAAUUUUUGCAUCAUUUUUGUAAUUUCCUUCAUUCUUCAGGUCGGUUCCUGACCCCUCGACAAACCUGCAUGAAUCAAUGUCCAUCUCGGACAUUUGCUAACUCAAAGUCCAGUCGCUGUGAAGACUGCUCUGAAGGCUGUGUCUCUUGCAAGGAUGCCAAACACUGUCAGAGCUGCCGCGGCGGCCUUUACCUUCAUGGUGAAGAGUGUGUGGUGGACUGUCCCAGGUGAAUGCCCAGUUUUCUCAUUUCUUUGCCGACACAUUAGCACACACCUUCAUCAUUUAUUCAUGAUUACCUCCGUUCUGUUUCUUUCUUAGGGGGUUUCCUCAAGAUGGUGUGUGUCGGCCAUGUGACCCAGAGUGUGCAUCCUGCAGAGAAAACUCUUCUCACUGCCUGAGCUGCAGCAUACAAUACUUCCUCCUGGACCACACCUGCCUGCCUCACUGUCCUGAGGGAUAUCAUGGCUCUGAGACAGCGUGCCAUCGGUGUCCAUCUCACUGUAAAGAGUGCAAUGGAGACGGCCUGUGCAGGAGUGAGUAUGCAGGGUGGAGAAGUGAGGAAACAGAGAUGAAAUAUGUGGAGAGGAGAUUAAAUUAUCUGUGCGUUUUGCUGUAAUGCAGCAUCUGACCUUUGGUAGUUACAGCAGCUUAUCAGAUGCUGCUCCCCUGGCAGCAUCCUAUGGCAUUAAAGUCCAAUAAUAAUGACUUAAAGCUCCUGUUAAGAGAUUUUAAUGUUUAUGAAACAGACUGAAAUUCGUACUGGUUAGGAUUGCAAAAUUCUGGGAAUUUUCAAAGUUGGAAACUUUCCGUGGGAAUUAAUGGGAAUAAAUCUGAAAUUUACAAAAUUGAAGGUUGGCCCUCAACAGGAAACUUAAAUGUAGUUUUAAAAAAUAUAUUGUAUCAUAAUCUUGGCUAAAACAACCAGAUUUAACGCGAGUUCACUCCUCAAUCACAUGCAAACAGCACACUGCUUACUGCAGGGCUUUUGAAGCUACAUCCCCUACAUGCACUGUGCAAUCCACUAUCACAUGCACAGAUGAUUUCUUGAACCCUGGAGGCCACACUUUUGAGCCCAAAGCACAAGACAUUUGAGACCACAGACUAUAGAAAGUCAAGUAAAUUUUGAUCAUAUAAUGGAGUAAACAUAUUUGAACUAUGAUAGAAUUAAUAUUUAACUUGCAAAAAUCAAAUAAAAAUAGGUGAUAAAUGUAAGCUAUUUUUCAUUUCACUAUUUUUCAUUUCCAUUUAGGGGGCCAGCUUAUCAUGGUGGUGGUGGCUACCUUAAAUGUGAUGCUGUUUCUUCUGACUCCUUAAAGAUGGAUCUCUGCAACCAUACAAUAAUUUAUACACCAAUUGUCAAAUAUUUUGAAGACCGUUCCAGCUGUUUAGCCAAUUAUAUUUCUGUUCAUGCCAUUGUUCAUUGUCACUACUUGUAUUAUUUUACAUGGAUGUCUGCAUAUGACAAAACAAAAAUAUUUACAAUCAUGUUUGGAUAUGAUACAGUUUGUUUAAAUUACCCCCAAUUUCCAGUUAAUUCCCAUAAAUUACAAAUAAUUCCCAUGGAAAAUUUCCAAUUUGGAAUUUUUCUCAAAAUUUCCCAGCCUAACUUCCCAUGGAAAGUUUCUGGAAAUUUACCGGGAAUUUGCUGGAAAUUUUCUGCCAUUUUGCAACCCCAUACUGGUGCUUUUUUUAAUGAUAUGCAAAGGCAAACAAGACCAUGAUGAUUUCUUUGCUGUAAACUUUAAUGCCUGAAACAGCUGUCAGAGUACAGAUGUCAGUUUUCCUUAUUAAUUAUUUAGGAUAAAUAAUAAACCUAGCUAUGAAAAAUCAGCAAGAUGAUAAGAUGUGUGAGAGCAUGUAGAGAACAAGAUAGGCAAACACUUCUUUGUCCACCAGGGGUGCCAAAAUCAACACAAACCAAAAGUUCCUCACUGGAGCUUAAAUAAGUCAGUUGUAUGGCUCUUACUAUACUUACUAAAGGAUAAAUUCAAGAAACUGUUGAAUUCUCAACUUUGUUUUUCUGUAAAGGUUAAAAAAAUGGACAAUCCACCCCUGCAAAAAAUAAAAAUCAAACGAUUUCUUUUGUCUUAUUUUUAUUAAGAAAAACUAAUUUUAUUUCCUAUAAGCUACAUUCACCUGACAAAUCAAGAUAUAAAGCACUUUUCAAGAAAUUACUAAGACCUGAAUUAUCACUGAGAAUAAAAUUUGUGUAUAAGGUAUAAACAAAAUUUUCUCAGACUACUUUAUUUCCUGAUUUCCAGAUGUUUUUUAAUCAUUGCAAGCAAUCUCACAUGUCGAUUGUAAUUUCUUUUAUUAAAAUGUUCAGGUGAACUUGUCAGCUAAAUACUUUACUUACUGUGAUAGUUUACUGUGGUAAAUGUAAAAUAAACAGUUUCUUCAGCAUACAUGUGGGGAAAUAAUCAGCCUUUUGUUGUUGGCGAUCUUGUUUGCUCUUGUAGACGAUACCGUGUUUUAAUUUUAGUCUGUUCACAACCAAUAAAACAAAAGAUAAAUCCAACUUUACUCAACUUUACUCAACUUUACUCAACUUUCUCCCCCAGAGUGCGCCCAGUACUACUUCCUCCAUGAGGAUUUGUGCGUCGAUGAUUGUCCUGCUGGCUUCUUUGCCAGUGAGGAGCAGGCAGAGUGUGUGCGUUGCCAUGCCGAUUGUGCCUCAUGUGAUGGUCCUGACUUCGAUGACUGUGAUGUGUGUCGCAAUCCCAAAGCUGUGCGUUACAACGGGGAGUGUCUACCUGAAUGUCCCUCAGAGACUUACUAUGAUAGGAGCACCAAUGAAUGCAGAGGUAGAGGAGCUCAUCUGACCACGCUUAAUGAAACAUGAGUGAUUACUAUUACUAUUGUUUGUCAUCUUCUGUGUGAAUUGUCUUUUUUCUCAGACUGUGAGCGGACAUGUCUGAGCUGCUCAGGUCCUGGGCCCACCGAUUGCCUGACUUGUGAUAAAAACAGGUACAAGGACGCGAGUGGACACUGUGUGUGGUACAGUCACUGCUCUAUGCACUCAUACAUAGACAAGAAUGGAGAGUGCCAGCCAUGUCACAAACUGUGCCAUCGCUGUUAUGGGCCAGGCAAAGACCAAUGCUUCAGCUGCAACGAGCCCGCCUUCCUCCUGAGUGAGUUCUCGAAGUGAAUCUUUCUGAUGAACUUUUGUAAAUCUAUUUCAGCUUCUUUUAAAACCCUGGCUUUGUUCUAUCAGACUCCACAUGUGUGCAGGACUGUCCCGUGGGCUUCUACCCCGAGGGUGAGAAUGAACGUGUGUGUGAGCACUGUCACUUCAGCUGUAAGUCCUGUGUUGGUCGUCACAGUGUGCAGUGUGUCGCCUGUAAGCCUGGAUUCUUUAAAGAGGGGAGCAGCUGUGUGGAAACCUGUUCAGAAAGGUUAGAAAAACACACCCACGCACAGAUUCACACACAGCAACCUCUCUGCUCUGCUCCUAAACUAAUCAGGUCUCCUGUUGCCUUUUCAGCCACUUUGGAAACACCAGCACUAAGGUCUGCGAUCGCUGUGACCCCUCCUGUAAGCAGUGUUGGGGUCCAAGCAACGAAAACUGUCUGAGCUGUCGGCAAGAUUACGUCUUCUUGAGGCACUGGGGAAAGUGUCUGCACAGCUGCCCUGCAGGCUACUACCAAGGCAGCCACUCCCACACCUGUCACAGCUGUCAUCCCACCUGCAAGACCUGUAACGGUAAAGGAAGCCUGUCUUGGGUGUCUGUAAUGUUACAUAAAUUACAUACUGACUGUGUUAAGCUCACCCUCUUUGGGCAAUUUGGGUCUGUGGCGACUUAAAAUCCUCAUGUGAUUCUCAUAAGUGUGUUCGUCACAGUACUUGUACAAUAAAUCUCUUGUUUAUCAUGUGCUGUGCUUCUUAAUAUGCUCAUAAUUUGGAAAUUCCAAUACAGGCAUGUGAUGACGUGUGGUUUGCUUUCAUGUGUUUCCACACUCUCUCUGUCCCUAUUAAAUGUAGUGUGCUUUACCGACAUGUGAAUCCAUAUUCCCGAUCAGACAGAUUUUGAUUAGUAUUCAGUGUUCCAGGUCUUCAUUUGUGUAGGUUUAAAAUCAGUUUCUCUGUUCUCUCUCCUACCAGAUGGGGGCGCAUUGUCCUGCCAGUCCUGUUAUGAGGGCUUCACAUACAUGGGGGGCAUCUGUAGAUCCAAAUGCCUCGUGGGCUUCUAUGAUGCUUCAAAGGUUAGUUUUUACUCGAUAAGAGGUGUUCGUAUUUAAGAAACCUACCUGACACAUACUACACAUUUAUUAACAAACUACUAUGUUGACCAGAAUAUUUGUAGACCUAAUAAAAAAGGAAUCCCUUUUUUUCAAGACUAGCAUCUGAAAAAAGACUUGUUCAAGACCAGAUCCUCCUUUUUUAAGAAAAUUGUAAGUUGUUAAGAAGAAAAUAACCAGCUCACUGAAUAAAAAGGUUAUUUUUAAUGCAUUUUUAACAACUUCAUGUUUUCAAAGUCUUUUGAAACAAAAUAAAAUGUAAUUAAAUGUGUAACAGAAGCAGGUAUAGUUUCAAUAUUUACCAUAUAAUCAUAAAAACUGAAUACAACUAACUAACAGUCCAGUAUAUUAAAGGUCACCCCCAAAAUGUCACUACAUCAUGAAGCAUCGAAGUGAGGUCAAAUCUUAAAUGAAACAAAUCUGACUCAGGAAGCACAAUAAAACAUUACUGAAAUGUCAGAGUACUGCACUGAAAUGAUGUUAAAAUAAAACACUAUUACAAUCAGAGCUACAACAAAGGGGGCAGAAUACAGUCAAUGGUCGGCACUCACAUCUUUAUUCCUCUCUCAGUUCAUCCACUUGUACUCACUCAGCAUCAUUUUCACUCCCAUUUCUGGCCCCACUUUGUUUGUUUUUCCUUGAAAAGAUGGUAGUUUCUCUCUAAGAGCUUGUCCUGUGUGUGCCAAGUCUGGCUCUCUAGUCAGUGGCAGGUGUAUUUAGCUCUCUGACAGUCUCCAAGGCCUCCGGUAAUGGACCUACCUUCUUCCAUUUUUCAGUAACAUACUCACACACACUUUUCCUGUCAGUCCUUUGAAAGCGGACACUCUCAGAGCUGUAGUAAGACUCUCUCUGAUGUUUGGCGUCUUUUUGUGAUUCACACACACUCUGUGACACCAGAUUUUUGGCGUAGCACUUGCUUGUGAGAAAAGUGGCGCCACCUAAUGGUGUACAUUUUUCCUGGUAUGUAGAUGAUGACCCCACUUUACUCAGAUGUAGUUCAAGAGAAAGAAAUGUCUACUUCUUCACAUAUGAUCCCCUGCACGUUAAUCAGUAUGAUGAAAUAACGACUACAGCAGAGAGCAGGUCUGAAAAAGAUUUAUUUGAUGUUUAUGUCAUUUUCUAGUUUGACCCAUGCCCUAUUUGUUAUAAUGGAAAAAGUGACAAACUUAAGCUCUAUACUGCAGCCAACCACCAGGAGGAGCUCUAGAGGUUUUGGCUUUACUUUACGGGAACUAUUGCACAGCUUAUGUUUUUAUGUGUCAUCCUAAUAGACCUUUGUUUUACAAUUUUAACUUUGAAUAGACAGAAUAUCAAGAUUUGAUGAUGAAGAUGAGUGAAUCAGGAGGUCAGAAAUGUAUUCUUGGGGAUGUUCUAAGAAGACCCUGAAUUUCACAGAAAGGAAGAACAGGAGAUACAGGACUGAGGUGUCCUUUUAGGGGAUGAUCCAGCAGCUGCAUUUGAACUAAUCAUAUAUUUUCAAGGUGUUUGGCUGAUGCACAUGCAGAGAUACGUACAAUAAUCUAAACUUGUGGAAGACCAUAUUGAUCUGUUUUUUUGUAAUGUUAUAUAUAUGGGAUCAAAGAUCAUACCCAUAGGAUCUCAGUGGUUGAUUUUCUGUGUAGCGGAUGCUCUGGAUUCGGGGAUAAAUGUAACACUAAACCUGUAACAAUUUCCUGUUUCUUUAGAGCGACAGUCCAAACUGUAAAGUAUGUCACCCGUCCUGCUUGGACUGCCGGGGUCCAACUGUGAGGAACUGCACAGUGUGUCCUGCUCUCCAGAUCCUGUCGGACGACGGCCGCUGCCUGUCCUGCUGUGGAAACGAGUCCCGGCAUGAUGGCAAACCGUUGGCCUGGGAGUGCUGUGACUGCGGCGUCUCACGAGGUAUUCAGAAAAAGAAUAAGAACAACUUUAUUGAUCCCCAAAGGGAAAUUCAAAAGUAGUUUAAUAGUAGAAAUUCAGUAGCACACACAGAAACACAGCAGUAAAUCUUACUUUGUCCAAUUUCUCUUUUACUGGAGAGUUAUGAGGGAAAAUGAGUUGAUUUGUUUUUGGGUCAUGAGUUUUACUCUUUUUGUGCGUCAUUCAUUUGAAGCAGAUGCUUUUGGUCAGUAAUCUAAUUUCUGGUUCCUCCACUGCAAAGACAUGAAUUUCACGUUUCUGCCUCACAGGGGUUUCCAAGAUUUUUGCAUGACAGGAAAUAACCACCUUUUAUAAGAUUUUCCAAACUUUGUCUGCCUUUGGCAAUCACAGAAAAGACUGCUCUUCAUUGAAACAAGACAACUUAAGUCUGAUUUAACCCCAUGAACUCUGGUUUCUUCUUCUCAGAGGAGUGCAUUAUGGGUUUGAACUUUAUGAUAAAGGACACGUGGGAUGCUCAGGACCGCCAAGGCAGCACUGCCAGAUUCUUCACCACCAUCUGUGUCCUGCUGGUCCUUGCUGUAGGAGUAGGGGUCUUCCUCUACCUCAACGCUCGAUCCAAAACACGCGCACUUAAACCCAAAACCAAAUCUGGAGGCUACGAGAAAGUGGAAACUAACGGAGGCGUUGUCGUAGAAUCCACCCCUUCUUCCUUUGGAGAGUACAGCGAUCGAAUCGCAGAGCGGGAGGAUGACGAAGAGGAGGAUGAUGAUGAAGAUAUUGUGUACAUGGGACAAGAUGGGACAGUGUACAGGAAGUUUAAGUAUGGACUCCUGGAUGACGAGGAGAUUGAGCUAGAGUAUGAUGAUGAGAGCUAUUCAUACAAAUAAAAGAGACCUGAUGUGACGAUGAUGAUUCUCCUCCAAAUGUGACGGUGGAGAAAAAUAUGUGUUUUUGUUUUGUUGUAUUUAGAGUUUAUUUUAACUGAAACCUGAUGAAGAGUCAUGAAGAUGAUGACAAAGUACAGAACAAAGUACCUCUGAUGUGAUUACUAUGACAAACGUUAUUAUGAACACAUUUCAAACAUACAAUCAAAGUCUUCUCCAACCACUUUAAAACACUCCACAUUUUGUAGUAAAACAUGUGGCCCAAUUAGUGGCAUUUCUCUGAUUUUUAU